UGACGGUUCCUUCUUCGUACCGAUCGAUCGGCUUGUUUGAUAGACCCAGGGCGGUCUAGAAAGUCUGGGAAUAACCACCGAAAGUCAGGCCCGCUAUAAUUCAACAUGAAAUUUAAUUUUUUAAAACUGUUAGCGCCGCUUCUGCUUUUCAGUUGGGGUGACUUUGGCGUUUUGGAGGCAAUGAAACUUGGGAAUUUUUAUCCUUUUGGGGAAAGCGAAGGUGAUAAAGUUGUUACCCCUAAUGACGACGGAAGCUCAGGAGAAGUUUCCAUAUCGUUCCCGUUUCCAUUCUUUGGUCAAGAACACGACUCACUGUUCGUAAGUAUUGAUUUGUUUCACGACUGCCUCAUUCGCUCUCAUAGUUCAAUUAUAAUGGGGAAAGUUUAUAAUAUUUGUUUUACAUUGUCAAUACUAAAAACUUUUAAGUUAUAUGAGAAACGCGCUCGGACUUCGUAAGCGACACCUGUAAUAUGAACUUUUCGUUGUUCAUCGGCGUUCAAUUUGUAAUGUUUGAUUUUCUCCAAACACGGUUUCGAGCGGAACGAAGACAUUGCAGAAAAUUAACUACUAGGCAAGGAGUGAUUUUCUGUUUCAAGGUAAAGCGUGUGGUAGAAAAUCAAAGUAAAACUUCAAUAAGAAGUACCGGGAUGUCACUUAACACAGGGAGAACGUUACGAUUAAAAACGGCAGAGAAUGGAAACGGACUUUGAGAAAGUCUAUGUAAUUCAAUGUACCCGUGAUUACGCGCAAGAAGAUCGCUCAUUUUCUGCGAUGUACGGAAAUCGACUAUUAGCUGAUGAGAAAACGGACGGCCUUAAACCUGCUUAUGACGGAACUAGUUAAUUGGCUCCUAACAUUACUGCUCCGACCAUAGAAGGUUGUUGCGAAAACGAAGAACGCAACCAUACAUUGCGGGCAGUCUCGUUACAUAAUAUAAAUUUAGACCUCCAGGGCCUCAGCCUCGGUGCAACUACAAAAUCGUUUAAAUAUGAUCCGGGCGAACAACAUACACAAACCGACAACCGCGACAACUCUACUCAAACGUUCCAGACGUGUUAUUUGAACCCAAGAGCCCUUGAUCCUUAAACUUCAAGAAUUUCUCGUAGGAUGGGCCCAAAGGGCCACUUUAAACUGCAAGUGUUUAAAGAAAUAGCAAUUUUUUAUAACAUAUUUAGUGAUAAUCACAUUAGAUAAGUACAUUUACAAUACUGCAAAAAAAACAGUUUAAUAAUAGACAUUAACAGAGCAUAAUUAAUUGAAAAUUAUUACAGGGCUAAAAGAAAUUAGAAAAAAGUACAACAGGGCAAUUAAAUAAUACUGAGUUAAGACAGUUCACUUAAAUAUUACGCCAGUAUCCACUUUCUUUUAAAGAAUUCUUAGUUGCUAUUUUUUUUUUCUGUUUCAUAUUUAGCGAUGAUCACCCUAAAUGUAUCAUGUUUGGAAGGAUUUGUUUGCUCCUACUGUGGACAUGUCCCAAAAAUAGAGUUUUCCAAUGAUUAUAAAAUAGUUCAGCAAUUGAAGUAAAGGGCAAGCAUUUUCCGUGAAAAUUCCAAAGAGCACAUUUUCUAAGCAGAGACGAAUUCGUCGAUUCGAAAUAAGGCACCUGAUUCAAGUUCAAUCCAAAACUGUUUAGAACGUGAGCAGUGAUAGAACAAAUGGGUUUGAUUCGGGUUGAUUGUCGCAGAAAGUACAUACAAUAAUAUUGGGCGGUUUAGCUUUUCCUCUGAUCAGAAGGGUGUAGUAAAAUUAUCCUUUGAUUUCCCUUUCUUAACAUAAAAAAUGUUGUCACCCACCACAUAUGUUGUUUAUAACACAGCUUUGAAUGUUGUUGUCACCCAAUGAAGGAAGUCUCCACCAAAGUUAAACUUUUUAAGACUCUCGAUGAGAAAUUCCCAUUCCACACUAUCAAAAGCUUUUUGAAAAUCUAUGAACAGCAAUAAACCAGGGAUGUUUUCCUUAGCUGUGAAAUCCAUAAUAACGAAAAUAGAACGUAUUGCUUCACUGUUAAAACGAUAUUUAACAUAACCGGUCUGAUUGUGUAGUGAAUGAUACUGGGUAACACCUUUUUAACCCUAGCUGCGAUCACCUUGGAGAUAUCGCAAUUUCUGCUGCUGCGUGCAAACCCGGACAUAAGUGGCGAAACUCUACCUCAUUACAUGCUUACUAGCCACCGCCUUGAAGUUGUGUGAGUUUGUGGUGCGCCAAAAAUACGUUUAUUGGCCCUUUUUUUUAUCAAGAGUUAGGCGCAGAUUUUAACUAUUUGGGUUUGAGAUUGAAAAUGAAUUUUAAUGUUAACGCGUGUAGCGGUACGCUAGUCCACUCGUUGCUUCCAGAAAGACUAGAACGAGAGUUGUAAACAUGAGUAACGGGCUAUAACACGCGGGGUACACCCAAGUGUAUAACGCUGGUUUCUAUGUUUCCGCCAUGUUACUCUUUCCGCUUUAAGGGUGCAUUUUUCCAAUCGACAAGUUAUUUGUCCCGCCAGUGGACAAUAAUUUUAUCCAUGCUUAAAAUAAAUUCAUAAGGCAAAAUUUCGCUGGCGCUACAUCAUUUUAAACGCUUAUCUCUCGGCUGUUUUUGGGCCGAUUAAGAUAAAAUUUUGCGGAGACAUUAAGGAGUAAUGGAAGUUUGGGAGAGUUGUUUUUUUUUUAAUGGUGGUUGCUUUUUAGGAAUUAAGGCAUGGAUCUUCUAUUUAAUUCUCAAAAACAGGGGGUGGUCUAAUUUCUUGAGCUUUCGAUGUAGCGAAAAAUAACUUAAAGACAAACUUCCUGGGUAUAAGUUUAAUAACUUUGAAUAAUGAUUGGAGUCACUAAUUGUCACGUGACCUAUUAAGGCUAUUUUUAGUACAAAAAUAUUUUUGGCAAUAUGGCACCAUUUUUAAUUUCUUUCUGGAAGCUGCAGUUAUCGUCAUAGUUAUGAGACUAGUGGGUACAUCAUUUCUGUGUCCGGGCCUUUUAACUUAAUAUUUUAGACAGCACCGAAAUUCAAAAAUCAUUUGAUAAGGGGACUGGGUACUAGAGCGAAAUUCCAUUUAUUUGCACACUUGCAGUAAAUUAUUCAACAAAGCCCGGGCACAGAUGUCUAGUCGUUCAUCUACGGACAUGUUUGGUUGCAAUUUCUUUGAUUGACUGCUAUUAUAAAAUGGUGCCAUUUCUAAUUUAAGUUUUUCUCGCGCAAAAUGCCGUUAAAGGUCACGUGACUUAAUUUACAUAUUUUUUUACCUUGAAAAACACCCAUGCCUUGAUUUCCUUGCGCAAAUGAGAAUGCUUUAAGCCGCAGUAGCGCCAAAUUGGCAAAACGUGAUUUUUGUGUCCAAGUUUGAGGAUGGAAAUAGGAGACAGCACUCUGUGUUUUAUCAAUAAAUGAUCGGUCAAAACCUCAAGUUUCUGUCAUCCCUGAAAUUACUGAAUGCCCGAUAACCUUUUUUGGAAAAGCGCUCUUUUGCGGGAAUUCCAUUUCUGUCACGACACACUACACACUACCAAGUUAACCUUUCUGAAGUGCCAGCUUAUUGUGAAGUUCUGUAUCUGCGCUGAAUUCUUAGGGCCUGUUUACAUGGAGUGGGGGACCCCGGUCUAGUGGGGUUGCUUUCUUUUGUUGUCACGCUCUGGGGGACACAAAACAAUAGAAAGUUACCCCACUAGACCGGGGUCCCCCACUCCAUGUAAACAGGGUCUUAGACACAAAAUCAUCGGAAAACGAUUUACUAAAAUUCAGACUUGGCACCGAGGCUUGGGGGAAUAAAACAAAAGAAAUCAUCUUAGCUCAGCAAUGAAUAAUACAUUUCUUUUGUUUUACUCCCCCAAGCAUCGGUUUGAAUUCUAAUAUGUCAAAAUUGGUCUAUUCCGCGCAUUCCACGCUUCAGUUUUGAGAUCAGAAAGAACAAUGGGUUGAAAACAACAGGUGUUUUUAAAAAUACAAUUGAGGAUAUUGUACUUUUUAGGAGAAGAGUUUUGCUCAUUUUUAUUUCUUUAAAAAUCACUGAAAACAAGGACUAUUACCUUUUAGAGCCCUUUUGUUGCUUUUGAAUAAAUAUUAUUCGCAGUCUUCGUGCCACAAGGCACCAUCGUGCGCGUGAACCGUCUUUAAAUCCCGCGCCCAUGUUUUAUCCAGUUAUGAAUAUCUCAUAUACUUGUCGAUGUCAGUCAUUGCACUUCGUGCAUAUGCUUUAAAAAAGUGCAUAACAAUGAGCCUAAGGUGUCCUCCUGCGACCUUCUGGAGUGAAAUAACAGGCCUCGGGGUGUCGGAGCUUCAUUUUAUGACAACAGGGCGAUUACUCUAGCAGAGUAAUUUAACUGACUCGUAUUGGAGAUGGAGACCCAGGCUCUCUGUUUGGGGAAAGGGUGAAAAAAAAAAAAAACGAUUUUUUUCACCCUUCCCCAAACAGAGAGCCUGUUCACAUGCUAAAAGCAUCUUGGUCAUAAAUCGAAAAAUCAAGCAACCACUAAAGAUGAAACGUUUUCGCUCUAGACGUAUAACUAGUAGUAACCAAAGGUUACGGAGUGCGAGCAACAGCAAUCGAAGGUCAAAACGCUUUUGCUACAACGCUGUGCUUUGGGUAAGUUUCACGUGAAAGAUGGUCAAAACACGCGUGAUCAAAUUUCGUUAUGUGCAUUCCAUUCGUUCUUAGUGGAAGUCCAAACGAACGCUGUCUACAUACAUGCAACGCAUGCGCAAAAACAACCUGGAGAUUAGGGUUGCCGGCUCCUCUUGACGCCCGCAACUAGAUGUGCAAGGUGUAAAAUGAAUUUUGUUCAAGUGGAACACCAUUUCACACAGCUAUUUAGGAAAAAAAAAGACAUGGUGUACAAAAUAUUUCCAAAGAGGAAUGGUCAGUAAAUUCCCCAUACAUAAAUCUCAAAGAGUUUCUUUGGAGCGUAGGAGAGCAUGUUUUAGCCUCAAACUAGACUCAGCGUGAGUCAUCAUCUUGCCUGUUAACUGAAACUUUCAACCUUGUUCCCAGGGUUCUCUCCUACCAAGAGAGAGACAAGUAGGAGGGAGAACCUGGGAACGAGGUUGGGAAAACGUUUAGGAAACACUGUUUCCUGAAAAUACUAUCUUUGUCUGCUAAGUGAAGUUUCUCAUUUUUAGAUCAACACCAAUGGAGUGAUUUCAUUUCUGACCAACGUUUACCAGUAUACACCAGAUAGGUUUCCUCUCGGCGAUAGGCGUCGACUGGUGGCACCAUUCUGGGCUGAUGUAGAUGCUAGAGUAGCCGGAGAGGUAUUCUACCGCGAGACUUGGGAUCCAAGCCUUCUCAAGAGAGCAACUUCUGAUGUUACAACCAUUUAUGUGAGAUGCAAAUCGUUUAGAGCUGCGUGGUUGUUAAUUGCAACCUGGUAUGAAGUGGCUUUUUAUGGCGCUAGAGGGAAUUACAGUAGCAAGGUAUUGUUAUUGAGAAAUCAACUACAGUAAUAAAAAUUAUAUGAAGAAUCGCAUAAUUGAGUAAAAUCUCCCAUUCUGAUUGGUUAAGGAAGAGAGGUAUUUAGUGUGGAAUUGCGAGUUGAAAACGAGGCUAAGUGAUAUUGUUUCGCAUCUACAUACGUACUAACAACCAUCGUCAAAUUCUAACACAACAACUACAAAAAAAGGUUUUCUACAAUGUCAUUUUAAAAUGUUUUCAAAACCAUUGUCACCUUUUGAAGAGUUAAAAACAAACAAAAGCGUUUUUUAAAGUGAGGCGGAGGUUCUUCCUUGUUUUGAACUGAACUACAAAUUCUCGGAGAGGCAUUAAAAACCUCUUUCGCUCGCGACAACGAGAAAACAAGAAAAUCGUGUGAACACGGCCCAGAAAAUGGCAAGCCAAGUUCAACCACACAAAACAGAGAAGCGACAACGGAGGAAGUACCAGGGUCGAAAACACAGCCGAAAACACGAAAAAGAGUACGCCGCUUGCAAUCGUCCUGAAUCGUGGUACCUAGAAAAGUCCAAAACAGAGCUGAACUUGAGUAGCAUUUCUAAAACAUUUCAAGGUACUUACCUUAUAUCAAUCGCGACGUUAAACUUUCAGUGCUUUCGCUUGGACACUUCAGUUCUUUCAGUUUUGCCGCCGAAGAGGUAAAAGGUGUAUAUUCCUUCGCUAACAAAUGACCAAUUUGAAAAAAAGAUGUUAUAGAUAAACGGCUUGUAAAUUCAGUGAAAUACCUCUAUUUUCCCUUACGAUUAGUGUGAAGCUUGUUUACCAGUAAAAAAGUUUGAAAGCAAAUGUAAAAACAAGCACAAGUACAAAAAAAGCUGUCGAAGGUUCAAACGUGUACGACUGACGUUGCCUCCUAUUCGCUAACGCAGUGACAGUUCUAACAGUUGACUUUGAAAUGGCUUUCUGGAGCGCGCGCUCAGGAUUAAAACAAACAAUAUUAUCGCUGUUUUCUUUUUAUUCUGAUUUUUAUUCAAUUAUGCGAUUCAAGGAAAACCAUUACCUGACUCGUGAAUUCCACGUUAAAUUGCACUUGAAAACCGAUAUCACAGUCAUUGCUUCGAGAUUCGUGCGAUAUCGGUUUUCGCGUGCAAUUUAACGUGGAAUUCACGAGUCACGUAAUGAAUUUUCCUAUAAAAUCAUCUUUUUGUGAGGCACAGAAGCAAGUUGGAAUGAAAUUGUGCACGUAAAAACAGUAAUAAUAAUAAUAAUAAUAAUAAUUAUAAUCAUCAUCAUCAUCAUCCUAAUUCAAUCGAUAAAAUACAUUUCGAAAGUUACCAAAGUCAUAAAAAAAAGUUAAAUUAAAAAUUACAUUUAAAGUAAUGUCAUAUUUAUAAAUUAGCAUAGCCUAGCUCGGUUUUAACUUAAGGUCAGGUUGAAAUGUCUUUCUUGGAAGCCUUUGAUAAGAGCCCCUUACAUUCGGUAAGAUAGAAUAUAACGGAUGGUGUUUUUCCUUGCUAAUUUUAUCGCAGAGCUUUCUGUCAGAUUGUUUCAAAAGAUCAUAAAUACUUAAUUUUUCGGAGUUGUAAUCCAUAACAACAAGAUAAGCCUUGCUAGCACCAUAACUCGAGAGUCCAUAGGUCAAUUUAGAGAGCACAUAGCCCUCUCUACUUAAUCCCCUUAAUACAAACAAGCAUUUGUUAGCCUCGCUUAAUUUAGCCUGUUCCAGGCUCUCAGAUAGUGGGGAAAGCGCCAAAGAGUGGGGAACACGCGAAAGUGUAGGGCGCGCGAAAAUGGGGGCUUUCUCACGCGGGCCCGACUAUCUCGGAGCCUGGAAAGGCUACGUAUAAUUUGGCCUUAACUUGUUCGACAUUACGGACAGUUUGCUUUGUCCCUGGGGAAAAAAGCCCUUACACGCUGUAUAUUUUCUCUAAAUAUAACCCGCUAAAUAAGGACACCCCGUUCACACGGACACUUUUUAUGGCGCCCUCAGGGUCCGUAUUAACAGGGUUUGACUGUAUGUUCAUAGUAAGAGUGCUGCUAUUAACUUGCGUUAUUUUACCUUCUUCCUGGCUCCUACAUUCCAGAGAAACACGUUCCAAGCAGUACUUGUUACAAACGGUAGAAAUUCGUUUGUCAUCUUCAAUUAUGAUAAGCUAACAUGGACUACUGGUACGGCUAGCUCAGGAAACAGCGCAGGGCUUGGUGGCACACCUGCACAGGUAUGCCUCAAAAGUGAAUUUAUUUGAAAUAGUUUUUUAGUGCUAAGUUAAAACCGUUCAGUGUUUUUGUUCCCGUAAGCCUGCCCUUUUAUGAAAAAUCAAACGAAUUGAACCCGAACCGAAAAGAAGAGCCCCAGCAUUGUCACUUCAUGGUCGGGAUGUUCAAAUCUGGGUUAAGCUAACCCAGGGUUUGUGCGAAAUUUGAACUCAGAUCAGGGCCGUAAGCUAAACCAGGGUUUUUUUUUUCUAACAUAGUGUCUGAUUUUGCUGGGCUGUUUCUUGUAGCUAUAUUGGUCCGAAAUCUCACGAAAACCGAGUUUGCCCCCGCAGACAAAAAAUCCUAGGUACGGCCCUGCAGAUAUAAGAGCUUAAACAGCAAAUUCAAUUUAAUUCUCUUUGCAAUUUGAUGACUGGGAACUCUAAAAAUAAUAGAAAAAAAAUUAUCUGAGAGAGUGCUUUUGAUAAUAAGAAAAAGAAACCCGGGUUAAAAUUUAACCCUGGGGUAGCGCUAACCGGCGUUCGAACAAUUGGGCUCCUAUCUUUACAAAAACACAUUUAAGCUUCCAUAUAUUUAAUCUAUCUAUCAUGCGAUUUUUCAAUUCCUGCCGAAAAGAAAAAUAAUAAUAUUAAGACUAUAACAACAACAACAACAACAACAACAACAACAAAAGACGUGGGUGCUAAACCAUUUCCCGCCAAAAGAGUGGCAUGCGACUAAAGGUUAAAGUCGUGUUCCAUUUACUCUCCAACUGGAUUUUCCGGGAAACGUUUAGUAGAUGGUAAACAACCUGUAAUUCCGGUGAGGUUUAAAUAAAAGAAGUCCUAGUUUGCACAAGAAAGCAAAAACCCGAAGGAUUCAGUAGCCUCGCAGCUCUUUACUGCGCUUUUCACAAAGUUCAAAAGUUGCCUUCACAACUGCAUUUUUCGCUCCCGUCAAUCAUAAUUACGAUCACAAGCAACGAGCCUUGAAACACAGAAACACACUAAGCGGAUCGAAAUCCACCAAUCACAAACCAUGACCUUUUGAACCCGUUAAAGUAAAGUGUUGUUUCCUAAGAGGUCUGUUAAGAUGAUUGACGGCAGCGAAAAAUGCAAUCGUCAGUUGGCUUUUAAACUUCAGAAUUCGCAUGUUUGUGAAAAGCGCAGUAAACCUCUUUUACUGAUUUAAUUAGACCUCUUGGCUAAAGGCUGCGCCUCGAGCAACGUAUCUUUUCAUUUGAUCGCUGACUCAUUAACCAAUAAUUAAGUGACACUUUCUAUACGAUUGUUGUAGGUGUGUGUUGUAGAGACGGAGGAGGGCCACACGUACAAAUACGUAUUCUUUAAAGUAGCGUAAAUAAAUUGCAACAUACAUACGUGUAUAUUUAACAAUUAUUCCUCGAGCCCGAAUGGGCUCUGAGUCAAUAGCCCAUGAGGCCUAAGGCCGAAUGGGCUAUUGGCUCAGAGCCCAACUAGUUGGUCAAAAAUAUCGAGAAUAAAAAACUUUUAGUUAGUUAAAACUAGACUUUAAUCCUUUUUUGCCGCCAAAAUGCCCGGGCUUUUCGCUACUAGUGGACUAUAACAUAUAACCUAGUAGUAGCUCAACCAAUCAGAACGCAGCAUUGAUAAUAGACCACGAGUUGGAUUUUACUAAUAAUAUGUAUUAACGCAUGUGCGCCCUUCUAGCUUUGAAACUCCACUUGAGUACGAGCGAUGACCUUCUUAAGAUUAUUUUAAUUACCAAAUAAGAAAUACUCCUUCUUAUGCAAGGCAGAAACAAGUAAAAAAUGAACGGUAUACUCAUGAUUCAACUGUGUCUCGGCAGGCUGGAUUUAAUGGCGGAGACGGACUGCGAUAUUUCAAUAUCCCGGGAUCUGGCACACAGCAAGUGCUUGACCUGUCUCGUCAAUCCAAUGUUGGGAAUCCUGGACGAUGGUUAUAUCGUAUAGACAGCAGGGCUGGUGAUUGCGAUCAUAAUGGUAGGAGGUUUUCCUGAGAGUUACCUAAGGUUUCAUUCAUUAUGUAUAGCACAGAGAGCGGGGAAAAGGAUUUUGGAAGAAAUAAGAGGGAUGCUCUCUGAAGGCAGGAAAGAGGGAUUAAUUGAUAAUAAAAGUAUUUCUAAGUUCAGGUAAUUAAUUAUUGAAAACUUAAUACGAAAAAAAUGUCCUAAAAAAUCAAUUUCCAUUACCUUGUGAACUUACCAGCUAAUUCUACAUCGUCAUUACUAACCUUAAACCUUUACUGGCUCCUACCAUUAGGGGUGUUUUUUUCCCAGCCAUGCCCUGACCAAAAGCGCGUGUUUCUCCCCUUACGCCCUUUGAAACUAUUGCUGUUUUACCUUUUCGUAAUCCAUCAGGCCUUUCUGUGUUGCCUCGAAUGGUCAUACGCCAGGGAGCAAAGUUAAAUGAAAAAAAAAAGUAUUCCGGGAAAAAUUUUUCGAAACUUUGGUUGUACCUCGCGAGGUUGUCCUCUUUUUUGGACAUUUUGGAAAAUGCUGUUAAAGGGAGGGAAAAAUUUUCCUCUGUAGACGGAAAUCCCAGUUUAAUAAAGACACACUUUAUCUGAAACCGUAUACGCUAUGUUAUAGCGGAGCUCCACAGCUAAGAAAAUUUGUUUAACUAUCCAUCCGAGAAAUUUUGGUAGCGUCGUGCGAGGCAUUUGUGCAACCCGCGUUUUCUUGGCGGGAAAUCGCGCAAGAAAUGACGAGACAUUGUCAUCGCGUUCAAAAACUUGUUUACCCGUUGGAAACUUGUAUUUAACUAUUUCAUAUCAUAAGAAAGCAUAGGGAUUUUGUGACCGUAGUGCUCAGUUUCUAGUAAUCUGUUUCGAAAAUAUUGUUAUGGCAACAAACAAAAGCGGAAUUCAACCUAGCAAGGGUGAAGAGAAAGAAGAGAAAGGCAGGGAGCAAGAAUUAACAGGCGAAGAGCUAGCGAAGAGGAUUCAUGUAGAAAAUUUAUGCAGCAUCCAAGACUUACUGAUAGCUGAAGCUGACAGAGUUUUGUGUUAUCUUGAGAUGUUUUAACCAUGUUUUUGUACUGGAACUACAAAAUGAAAUACGGCUGCUAUUAACAUUCUAUUGUUAUUCUUGGCUGGCUUUUUUGUUGGGUUGUGGUUGAAAAAUGCGCCGCUCGCCAACAAAAUGAAAUCGGAAAUCAUCGUUUUCAAAAAUAAGCUUAGUAAGCUUACUUCGCCUUGCUGGAUGCGAAAAGUCUUAAGCGAUUCUGGCCUUACUUAAUGGGGUUUCCGAGCUGCAUCUCGACCGGUAAGCUUGAGUAAUUAAGCUUAUAUUGCAUUUGAUGUUUUUUUUCUGGUUUCAUGUUUAUGCCGUCAUUUUACGGACAUUAGUAAGAUUCGAGACAAUUUACCUGACUACAACUAGAAAAAAACGUUCUGAAGAAUAGUUUAGUUUACCUAUUGGUUGUAAAAAGAAAGCUUUGAGAUUGAGCGUUUUUCCUGCCUGGCGGUUCAUCUUGAAAAAUAGCCCACACCGUGAAAGCGACUUAAAACUUUUAAGUUUUAACCCUUAAAAGGCUUAUAUUUUAUCCGUGACUCAGGAUUUUCAGGAGGCACUUCACUCUCAAUACACGUCUUCGUGAAUAAAAAUUGUUUCCUUUUAAAUUUUUCAUUGAAUUAUAUUUCUUGUCUUGAUUGUUUGUCAAGAUCUCUUUCUUAGCGCUUUGCCGCAGUUGUUUUUUCCAGUCGUCCGUGAACAUCGCAUGCAGGAGUACUUAUUAAAAUGCCGCGUGUAUCAAAUGAAUCUGGUGUUUUAGAAGUAAAAUGCAAACGAAAAUGAUUCUGAGACCUCUUUCUCAUUGCUAGUGUUCGUUCAAAUACCCAAUAGCUCGCAUUGCAAGUUAGGCACUUGGCAAAAUUCAGAAGCGGCUGGUCGGACGGGUGAUUUUGGAAAUGGAAGUAAAAUAUGAUUUUUUCGAAAGUUUUUGUUCAAAGCCCAUUAUUCCCCUGCAUACUACAUAAUGGAAGAUUGACCUGACUGAAUAGCCCCGUCUAAUGAAGAAUUCAGUUCUCUUUAUUAAUAAAAAGUUUUGUGUUUUUGUUAGUUUUAUUAUUUGUUGUGGAAUGGAAGCGCGUGCUUCGAUCGUCCUGAAUAUUGAAUGAGUGAAAUUUGUCUUGUAAAAAAUUGCAGAAUUAUAGCUAAAAUAGGGCAAAAGAUAACAAAUUCUGUUCGAGGUCUGAACAAUAAACAAACGACGUAUGAUAGUUCUGUUUACCUCAGAGAUAAUGUAAAAAGGCUGGUUUACACGCUACCAGACCUGUAGAGAGCUACACAUUUUGGCCUUUCCUGUAGAAAGAGAGAUAGAACCGAUAAUAUAAGGUGUAAAUUGGCUGCUACCGCCUUUACGGUCUUUAUAGCAUAAAAUUAUAUUUCGGGACUGUCCAAUUACUCUUAUAAGAUAAAGGUGAUGAAGCUGAGCAAAAAGGUCAUUUUGCUUGGGAAGAAUUUGUUUUUCACGCGUUAUCUACUGUGGCCAAGGGUGACUUCUAUUUUUUAGGUGUACGAAUAAGACUAUUAACCCAAUGUAAGAUUUUAAAUGUUGUUUCAUUCUUGCACUGUUUGCAAAUUAUCUUUUCUCUAAAGUCGCCCAGCCCCACCCUUAAAAGUCGUAUGGAUCUUCCCAGUUAGCCGAUUUGUGGAUUGCAAGUUAAUUUUUUUGUUUAAGUUUUAAAUUUAUUAACUGGAGCUACGCUUUUAGCCUUGGCUAACUCUAUUUAGUAUAAAUAAGUGAAACAUAGCACUGCAGAGAAGAUUAACUGUAUCAUAACACCUUGUUUUGUUUCUUUUUAACAACAGCAAACUGUUUAUAUGGCAAAAUUGGAAAAACAGGCAAUUGUCAUGGUAUGUUCAUCUAGUAAAUAUUCUCUUUUUACGUGACUUGGUCUUUGCUAUGUUUAUGACUGAAAAACAAGAUGUUAUCAAAUGUUUUUAACAAGUCUAGCAAGGUUAUCUGGAACGUCUUUACCAAGAUGCUCUUUCUCUCCCAUAACAGAAAGAAAAGAGGUCUUGUUAGCCUUGUUUCUAGUACAUACCCUUUGACCGUUCUAACUUUUUACUUCAUUUACGUUCCAUUUAAGUAAUUUAAAUUUAUAAAAUGGCAGAAUACUAACUCCUAUCCUUAUGAGAGUUUUCUUGUCAAACGCACUGGACAGGAAAUUCAAUUCAACGCAUUGACAGACUGAAUGCUUUUCUUACUGAGCUAUCGGCUAUUCAGGUAACCGAUCCUUAUGUUUUGGAUCCGUAAGUGAAUAUUUAGGAAGUUAAAGUUACUAAGUCUUACUAUUUCAAAGAGAAAUGUGAAAGCUUUCAACUUCUUUGCGAUUUUUCAAACUCUCUAAAUGUUCUACUGAAUUGUAAACAUUGAGCAACUCAACAUCAAUUAAAAAAAAAAAUUUCAUUCUAUUUACCUCUCUAGAUCCACCAACUCCUUUUGAUGAAGAUUUUCUUGGAAAACCAACGGUUACAUAUGUAACACUUGAUCCAGGAACUGCGGCUGUAACCCUGAAGUGUGAAGUUCCCAUCAAUCGCAAUGUCCGUUUGUGGAAGAAUGUAACAUACCAGAUCGUUUGGUAUUCGAAGGACGAACACUUGAAAACAGAUGACUUUUGUGGGACAUUACCGCCAGAUAUUAAGGAAUAUGACAGCCCUUGUCCAGGGAAACCCUUAGUUUCUUUCCUGAAGGGUAUGGAUUACAGUUUGAAUAGCUUGGUAGGUAAAACAACUACCUUUGGCAAAAUAGGUUCUUAUAUUUUGGGCUACUUAUUGGCAAUUUAAGCUAAGUAGGUUCUUAAUAAGGUUCUUAAUUUUUAUGAAGGAGAUAGAAGAUUGUUGAUCACCAGAAAAAUAAUGCAUAUUAUUCACAAUUGUAUUAUCAUAACCCUAACGAAACUGAUAUUCAAAUUUAUAUACAGCUUAGUACAGCCAACCAACCUCUAACUGACGACGGUGUUAACCCUUCUCAUUCGCGGCCCUGAUGCUCUGCUGAUGUUGUUGGUUAACGACGUUUCAAGUUGGGUCUCACCAAAUAGAGGCGAGUGCGCAACGGUCUUCAAAGGAGUAACUGCGCUGGGCUCAAACCGAUAGUGGAGUGAGGAGUGUUCCUAUAAGCUACGUGAAACUUUGCCAACUUCUCCUUCACCAGCUUUAAGCUUUGAUACAUAGAGCCUAACGCUUGCUUGAAGGUUUGUGCUGCCUUCUCCGCAAGACCGUUUGCGGCCGAAUAUUAUGGUACUGAUGUUAUAUGGCGAAUACCAUUGGGCCUGACGAACGCCUGGAACUCCUCAGAAACAAAUUUUGCACGGUUGUCACUAACGAUCUUUUCAUGAAUUCCGAAUCUGGUGAAUAAAUCCCCUAGGCCUUUGAUGGUCGAACUUAAAGUGGUGGAACUAACCUAAAUCACUUCCGGCCACUUGCUGUGUGCAUCGACAACUACUAAGAACAUAGAGUUCUGGAAUGGGCCGGCAUAGUCGAUGUGUAUGCGUUGCCAUGGUGCAGUUCCCACUCCCACGGAUGCUGUGGUGCCCUAAUAGGUAUCUUCUGGUUUUGCUGACACCCACUGCAGGCUUUCACUAGCCCUUCCAGUUGAGAACUAAUAUUAGGCCACUAGACGUGACUCCUCGCUAGUGCUUUCAUCUUUACCACACCCAGAUGCCCGUCGUGCAGCUCCUUCAAACACUCCUUCUUGGAGCUUAUUAGGGAUUACCUCUCUUAUUGCCCAUAGAAUGCAACCUUGGUGAACCGUCAGUUCAUUGCGCCGCUUAUAGUAUGGCUUGUCUCCAUCUAAGCGAGUAGACCAUCCUUUCACGAUGAACUCGUACACCCUUGCUAGGACUGGGUCACGACGUGUUUCUCUAGCAACUGCUUUACUAGUUACAGGGAGUGGCACAAACUGGGUUGCAUGGAACACCUCUGACGAAUCUACUUCCGUCUCCUUUCGCUCUUUUUGUUGGAGGGGGAGUCGAGACAGCCCAUCAGCAUUGUAGUGCUCGGUCGCACUCUUAUACACUAUCUUGUAAUCGAAACUAACCAGGAACGAUGCAUAGCGCUGGAGUCUGGUAGCGGUCAUGACAGGAACCCCCUUAUCUCGGUGGAAAAUGGCACUGAGGGCGUAUGGUCUGUAAUGAGCGUAAACCGCCUUAUAUAGAGAUAGACAUGGAACCGUUUCACCCCCACACAAUGGAUAAUACUUCCUUGUCAAUCUGUGCGUACUUGCCUUGUCUUGUCAAUUAUGGGGACCCAAAAUCUACUGGCCUUUCGAUGCAGGCAUGACGUGUGAAAGAACUGCACCGAUGCCGGUUGGCGAAGCAUCCCAUGCAAGCCUACCUGGUAAUGCUGGAUCAUAAUGCGUUAGAACCUGCUCAGAUUUGAUUAUUAGGCUCUGUGCAGGCUUGCUCGCACUGUUCAGUCCACUGCCAUUCGUUUUUUUGCUCUAACAACUGGUGAAGUGGGUGGAGAGCUGUGGACGUAUAAGGUAAGAAGCGGUUUUAAUAGUUAACGAGCCCUAAAAGGGAGAGAAGCUGUGGCACAUUCUCAGGUCUAGGCGCGAUAACUACUGCCUCGAUCUCCUUUUUUGUCUUGUGGAGACCUUCUCUGUCGAUCUCAUACCGACAGACCUAAACUCUAUCCCUGAAGAACUCACACUUCUCUUUGUUGGCCGUCAGACCCGCGUCUUCAUGGGCGUUGCCCGAGAUGAUCAUGUAAUACCUGGUCUAUUACAUUAGCCAAAUCGAUGGACUGGAAGAAACGCCAAAAAGUAACCGAUUGCAUUGGAAAAGGCCCAUCUGUGCAUUGAUCGAGAGGAAUUUCUUGGAUUCCUCUGUUACUUCUAUUUGGUGAUAAGCUUGGCGCAGUUAAAGUUUUCUAAAAUGUUUCCCCCAGCCAAAUUCGCAAAAAUAUCCUCUAUGCGCGGCAGAGGAUAUUGUUCUGCAAGAAGUACUGGAUUGAACGAGACCUUGAAAUCGUCACACACACGUAGUGAUCCAUUUUGCUCAACUACUGGAACAAUCGGGGUAGCCCAUUUAUUGUAUUCUACUUUAGACAGAAUACCGUCCUUCUCUAAACGUGUCAAUUCUGCUUCUUCCUUAGGGCGAAGUGCAUAUGGAACGUGAAGAGGCUUAUGAAAGCUAGGCUGGCAGCCCUCCUUAACCUUCAAAUCAGCCUGUGGCCUUUAAGUGUAGCUACACCUUCAGAAAAUACAGACUCCUACCACUGCAACAACUGAUCCUCUUUAUGUGGCAUGACCCUGUCCAGUAUCUGGCUAAGCUUAAGGGCUUUGAUUUCACCCCAGUCCAGCUGAAUUUUGGAAGGCCAGUCACGCCCAAACAAUGCUGGCCCUGGUGUGUCAACCACUUGUAGGGUUAAUUCCUUUUCUUGGCCCUUAAACUUAACAUUACACUUCAACUCUUCCUUAGAUGUGAUUAUUUGCCCAGUGUAGAGCUGACGCACAUCGCAUGAUCUUUGUCACUCACGUUAUUAACCUCAAGGGUAGUCAUCACUGUCCACAUAAUCUACUGGGGGUCGGGCGGCUUGUCCCUCCCUAUUCUUGGAUUUACAAGCCUUACAAUAUGACCGGUCUUGUUACAGUGGUGACAUGUUUCCUUUUUGAACGGACAACUUUUAUGAUCAUGAUUUCCCAAACAGCGGUAGGAACUUUGAUUGCCCGACUCUUUAGGGGAUGGGGAACCCUUUUAUGAAGGCUUUCUGAAGGUUUAGGCUUCUUGCUUGGUCUUGACUCUUUACUCCCUGUAGAGCUUCAACAUCCUUUUAAGACUGCUCACUAGCGAUGUAUUUCGCUACAGCAAUGUCAAAUGCUAGUUUCUCGAGUUUCAGUUUCAAAAGCUCUGACAUCAUUCUCUUAUCUCGAAUACUCGACAUCAAUCUAUCUGUGUCUUUCCAAUCGCAUGGCAUCAUUAAACUUACAAUUCGUAGCUAGAUGCUUUAAAACAGCAACAUACUGACUCACACCGUUUCUCCUGCUUUACGCGCUGGGUUGUCAAACUCAUACCUGGCGACUAGAGCAGAUUUCGAAGGCUUCAAUUUCUUUUGGAGACGUUCUGCGUUCGUGACGUACGUGAGAGAAUCCUCUCUUACCAAUAUUGGCACCACCAAAUCUUUCGCCAGCUGGUACUUUUCAGUGGGAAGAUUAGUUAACAGGACGGCUUUCUUCUCUUUUGAUUCGGUCACUACACUGACCAUGCCACGAAGAAGAAUUCAAGCUGUUCUGCUUACGCCUCGAAGUCAGUUCCUACUGCGAACUUUGUCGAUGUCUCGAACCGGAUUUGGUGCCGCAUUAGACUCGAUUGGCAUCCUGAGAUGUCGUGUGGAUCUUGUUUAGGAAUGUCUUUCACUUUUUCGCGUAAAAUAUCCCUGAAGAUCCCAUCCUCGUCACCAAAAUUGUUAUGUACUGACAAAAGAUCUAAGAAUGCACACAAACAACAAGGCGGUUCACUACAAACACGUUUUAUUGCACCUAUGCGUGCGCAUGUAAUUAUUAUAUAUGGUAAACGCAAAAGAAGACCAUAACAAACACAAACACAUUAACACAUUAACUGUAACCAACCCAUAAGAACCUGCUGCUCUUACUUUCCAGACAGGUUCUUGUGUUUUUGGGUGUUAAAGUGGCAAAUUUCUGCCAGGAAGUUCUCAAUCCCCAAGUUCUUAUUAGCGGGUGUUUACUGUAGUAGUUGUGAUUUAGAAUAAACUGGACAGUCUCGUUUUAUGUUCUGUUACCAGUUGAUUUUAAAAUAGAAAUCUACCAAUCAGUAUAAGUAUGGAGGGAAAAAGAAGACACCGUAAAAUUCCGAAAAUAAGCCCCUCCUUGUAUAAACCCCUCCAAAUAUAAGCCCCCCAAGCUCGUAACGCAAAAAACCCUCCGUUACAUCAUCCCUCCAAAUAUAAGCCCCCUGGGGGCUUAUACUUGGAAAUUGCCCUCAAAUACAAAGUAAAACAAAGCAAAAACGGUAAAUUUCCUUCCAGCUAUAAGCUAGCCCAAUGGAUUUUGAAACGCAAAUUUUCAUCCGUACAUAAGCCCCUCCAAAAAUAAGCCCCUCAAAAAGAGUCUUUGAAAAAUAUAAUAUAAUAUAUUUUCGGAAUUUUACGGUAAUGUAUUUCUUUUGUAUCUUUGCUUAACAGAUUUCUUGUAACGUAACUGCCCGGUACACCACAUCUCCUUUGAACACUUGGUGCGUCCCAAAAUCCGUCCAGGAACCAUUUUUCGCCGGAUUAAAGGUAAGUGAACGUACAAAUACUAGCUACUCUUAAAAGUGACUAUCUAUCACGGAGAGAAGGUAAAAUACAAUUGAUCAACUGUUGUUUACCCUUUGGUCCUAUAAUUUGUAAAACAGAUUUGAACUUUCGCAACAACUCCUACCAUACCAUAUUAUUACUUAAAGCUACAAAUUUUGAAGAAAAGUUUUUCAAAAUUAAAUUUGAUUAAAAAAAGUAUAAACUGAUUUGUCAAGAAAUUGUAACUCUCGGAUAAAAGUAUGUCGUCUGUUUGAAUUAAAAGGCGUAUUUUUUGGCCAGCGUUCGAAUAUGAAGUGAGGUCCACAAGCAAAAGAUACACAGGCAGUUACGUGGAAAGAGACUUUCUUUAACAAUAUCAACAAAAAUCAAGAGCAAUUUUCUUCAAACUCCAGGUUUCACCCAAUCGGCUGGAAGUUAAAGAGUGUUCCCUAGAUAUAAUAACUUUCACAAUAACUCCCACCAUACCAGUUUCGGCGAGUGAAUUACAGAAAGAUAAAUACUUGAAGAUUAGUUUCUGGUCGUCUGAUGGCAUCGAGAUCGACAGUGAUGACUGUGAGGUUGAGCUGAAGGACCUUCAACCAAUCACCGUGCGUGUUAUUGCAAGAUGUACAACCACAGAACAGUCCCCUACUGUUGACAAAAGCAUUAUUCCUACAAUUGAGAGUGGUCACAGUUCAUUUUGGAAUAGAGACUCCCAUUUAUCUAGUGUUGCGGUAAGUGUUUUACUGAACAGUUAAUCAGUUAUUAAAGGAGAAAAUACACAACUCUUGCAACUCACUCUCUUUACGUACAUUUUCUCGCUUACUCUAAAAGAGCUUUGUAGUUAUUUGUUUCAAUUUCGGAAUAAAAGUAUGAAGUAAGAUACCGUCUCGACGUCAGCCGUAGGAAGGUCAUUUACAUAGAGGAUAUUACACGGUGGCGCGAAGAUAUGUAUCUUAUUUUCGAGUGGCAAAACAAUAUUUUACGAACGAGCGCAGCGAGUGCGUAAAAUAUUGUUUUUGCCACGAGAAAAUAAAAUUCAUAUCUUCAAGCCGCCGGGUAAUGUUCUUUUUAUUAUAUAGACAAAAUGACACCGAUAAAAUAAUAGAGGGAAAUUACCAAAAUUACAAUCGAUACACUCACGUGUGAGAUUAUGGAAAAUAAACCACUCGGGUCCCGGAUGUAAUUUUUAUGAAUUUUACGAGUGGUAUAUUUUCCAGUAAAACACUCGUGUCUGUAUAAGAAAAUGAUAUAUUUAUUGCCUUUACAAAGGGAAAAAUAAUCAGACUACUUCAAGUCCAGCCGGUCCUCAUUGUGAAUUAAGAAUUUUUUCUUCUUUAUCCGGCACAUGCUAAAAACGAGAUACAUGAACAGAAAAGGUCUCUUAGUUCACAACCUGUCAACUCGAUACACACAGUGUAAAGCACGUUAAUUCAACAGUACCAAUCGGGCUAACCUACUUACCUCAAAGGUCACUCUUUUUGUUGGGAAAAUUACUAAAAAAGGUAUUCGUUGAGUAAGCCAUUUAGGCCUUUUUUUUUUUUGGCUUCCUACGCCCUAGGGGUGGGUGGGUAGGGGAAAGGGAGCUCGGAGGCCCCCCUCUAUAACUUCAAAACUGCUCAUGGUACGGCUACAAAAACUACACAAAAUAAUGUACUCAUCAUUUCCAGCAUCUCGGCAUAGCUUGAUAGACACAAUGACGCGAUUUGACGUCAUUAGGACGUCAUAUUGUUGAAUUUAUUGGCAGAGUAGACAUUCCAUCAAUUUUAUUUCUCAAAACGAAAAAUACUUAAGUCUGACAAGAUAAAAAAGUUGGCUAAUACAUAAAUAAUCUUUAGCAAUAUCAGUGAUGUCACGAUUACGUCAUUUAUUAUUAAAGAAGAAUCUGGAACCAAUAUCCGCCAUCUUAGAUCCACCAUUAUGAAUUAAUUUAAUUUACGCUAUUCCAAUAUACUUAAAACUCGUAUAUAUCGAGUCAAUUGUGAUAGAAACACUGAUCUGAGUUAUAAAAGGAUUCUUCCCUGGAAGCAAAAAAUGACCUGUAAGUUAUGAAAUUCAGAUAGAAAUUAACACUAUUGGUCAUUAUAAAUUAAUGAAUCAAGUUUUGAGAACGUGGCUGUCAAAAGUCGGUUGCCAUCGUAACAUUAAUGUUGAUGCACUUGGCAACUUUAAAAUGUUUCCUUAAUAAUCUUUAGGAAAUGUCGCAACGUUUGGUGGUCAUAGCUUAUAAACGGUUUUGAAGUUAUUCAACUUUUUUUUAGCAAGGGAGAGCCUCGAGAGCCCCCCCCCCUCCUCCUUCCUGGCCUAAAAUAGCAUGAUCUGGCCGUAUAACACCUUUCGACAAUUUUUAAAAUAAAUUUAACCCAACUAACAUUAAGGUACAUACUUUUCACAACUUUCUACCAGAUUGCAUGAUGUAUGUUUCGCGUUAACCACCCGCUCCAUGUUAUCUCUUGUUUAAAAGGCAACCCCCAUUCCGCCGGAACUACUUAGCUACUGAUUUUCCAAUCUAUUAUCGGCUGCGGUCGCACUUGGGGAUUUAGCCGAGUUCAGUUUCCAACUACCUAAUUUAAUUUCUUAACCAGGUUUUAUAUGUUUUUAUUUAACUACCUCGCGGGGUAGUUUAACGCAGGUUAUGGUUAUCAGUCAAUGGAAUUGAUCAUCUCGGCCUAUGCGUGAGAAUGUUCUUGCCUAGUCCCUAGGCUUCAUUAUUCCGCGCGGCCAAAGCGUUUCGGUCACGUGGUCCAUGGGAAAAUGUGAGGCCUAGACAAAAAUCUUCAAAAGUGAGACGGUUCAAUGGCGGUGGUUUACAAGACCAGUCUUUCGCAUUUCAAGGUUGAUAUAUAGAUUUGGCCAGGGCUAAAAGUGAAGCUCUCGUUAAUAUUUAUUGUUUACUCAAACAAAAUAUAGAGUCGUGUAAUGCUAAAGCCUGGUUUUCACUAGCGCAUAAGCAUAAGCAUAAGGACAUACGCACGCGCAGAAUGGUAUAUUUGUCUCAAUUCUCGAUACCAGAUCUCCUCAACCCGAUGAUAAGCAAGAUGGCGGACAAAGCGUCCGCCAUAUCGCUUUUGAUAUGUUCGCACGAGUCUUGGGUGAAAGUGACCUAUGAUUGGUCCACGGCCUUGUGCCUUGUUGCCUUAUGCUUGAGCUUAUGUCGAGCCGGUUUUCACUAUAGUCAAAGCUUAGACUUUCAAAAAAGUCCUUCGUCCGAUGUCGCUCUCUUGGCCGCUUCGUGGCCUAAAAAGCUCGCUCCGCUCACUAAGAAACCGCCGUGAGGUCGACUUGUAGCAAGUCUAAUCAAAGCUACGACAUAAGCAUAAGCACAAGCACAAAAAGAACGAACUUGUCAUUUUUUCUUGUGCUUAUGCUUAUGCUUAUAUCGACCCAGUUUUCUUUUGCUUACUCAUGUGAUUGUGCUUAUGCUUAUUCUUAUGCGUUUGUGAAAACCAGGCUUAAGCGGCGAAGAACACGAGAACGGUGGAAAACAACAAUAGGUCUAAUAAGCAAAAAGCAACUUUGCACGUGCAGCACACUUUUGCAAUAAAGACGAAAAUGGAAAGCAGUAAUUGUCUCUGUAUCCGUGUUAUCUAAAGUAUUAAGCAAGGAUUAAUUGUCCUGUCCACAAAUUUGGAAUACAGAGAAAUAGGGAGACAGAAAAAAGAGAAAGUAGGCUACAGGCCAGCGAAGCUCAACGAGAAAAAGAGCGUCAGACAGCGUCUUUAUUGACUCUUUAGUUGUCUCUACUUCACAAGACGCGGGUGUCUGUGCGAUUUCCCGCCAAAAUAACCUCAAGUUCCCAUACCUGUAUGGUGAUUGAGUAAUUUCACACUGGUAUGCCUGUGGUACGGGAGGUCGGUCGGUCGAGCAAGCGUACGAUCACAAGACUAUCAUUAUUUCUCGGAUGCAAAUAUCGGAUACACAGGUUACCAAAUUUUCUUACCCAUGGUGCCCGCUUGGCGCCCCGAGAGCUCCGCUAAAAUUACACCACGAAAAGACACAGAUGGGAAGAGUAAGUUCAAAAGAAUGCUCAGUUUUCUUUUAGUUGACAAAGGAAGGCUUUUUCUUUACCAAAUUGAGGAAUUCGAAAUUCACCAAAUUUUUACCACGGCCGAUCGGAGCGAUUUGCCUGUUUUGAAACCCAACCAAGCAGCGAAGCUUUUGAAGAAUUUUCAGGUACAUUUUGUACUCUAUAGUCAAGAAAAUUAUGUUUUUAAAAGGAAAUUUAUGUAUUUCUAAAUACUUCAUCUUAGAGGUUUUGUACAUUUUGAGAUCGGCUUGAGCGCCCUGAUUUGAGAUUUGUGUUGAAUAAUUUUUGCCAUGUGCUCAGCGCUCUUUACUUGCGUGAACGGAUCCAUGAGCCAAGUUUCCUGUACGCGAAAUGCUUUUAAGGAUUAAUUUAUGGGUUUUUAAAUUUUUUGAAAAAUAAUUUCUCUCUGUUUGUUGUUGUGUGUUCUUUCAUUGAUAACAAUAGCUCAAACUGACACGGUGCUGAGAUAACAGCAUCCAAGUUGAAUUUAAUGCUUCCCAAAUUAAUGCACACAUCACUUCUGUGAAUGUCGGCAAAUUUUUAGUCUGGGCACUUUGCGAUACGCAGCUAAUGGAUUGUAUUUGAAAGCAUGUUUUUUCUGAUUAUUCAAGAUUUGCGCGCUAAGUUUACAACAAAGAGGGCCAAUCAAGUAUUAUUUUUACUUUGAAAAUUCGCAGUCGUUUAAAUAGGGUAAGAGCUGCAAACUCCGAUAGCUCAGUUGGAAUGAUGACAUUGAAGAAGCAGAAUCAAUCUUCACAGGACUAUGAAUAACAUUCUGAUUACUUUUCAAAGUCCGUCGGCAACAGUCGAUCCGGCAAAUAUCGACAAGGGUUUUUUUGAAAACCAUAAUUUCCUGCUGUUUACAACAUGGACAACAUCUUCAAUUUCAAAAAGCAACGCCCGCACGCGCAUUCUGUUUUUGCCUAGGCGUUUCCCGCCCGUUCGCCUCGGAUACGUCACCGAAGUGCAUUGACCAAGAGGGACUGGGAAAACGCCCUACAGGGACCAGAGACAAAGAAUGUUUCAAUUUUGGCUUUACCAUGCACUCAAGCACUGCAGUUUCGAAAAUAACUUCUUUCGCUGCAAGCUCAGCUUUCCUUUCUUAACACAACCGAGUUAAGUCUUUUAAGAAGUCAAAAUUUUAUUCUCAGUAUAACGGGGGCAAAUUUUGUCGGUCACUCUAAGGCGAGCCUUAUGAGCGACCCAACCAAGCGAAAAAACAAAACUUUGAAAAGGCUUUGGGAAAGAAUUGAGCCCAACCGCUGAUAAAAAUGAACACGGUUAAACUCUUUAACCAGGUUACCUUCUGAAGAAUUUUUUUAUCGGGUUUUUGAAAAACUAAACCGGUUAGCUUGCCGAGUGCGGUCGCAGCCCCUAUUUUACUUUAAUUUUUUUGCAACGUAGAUAGCUUGUUGAUCCACUCAAGUUUCUUCUUGCAGGUUUCCGUUGAAACCAACUCAGAGAACAUCCAUACAUGUAAAACGUAUACCGAUCCUCACUACAGCCCUUUGCCAUUUUUUGAUAACGCAAGGUAAGGACUAGCAUCAUUUCGUUGCGAUUAUCAUAGCUGCGUUGUUAUGCCGCGCUUGAGAUUUUUGUUCACGAAUGCCGUGAAGCAUAGUCUUUCUUUCGUCUUUGUGAUUGUUUUUUGGGUUCGUAUGUUACAAAAGCGGAUGAUGGUGGAUACUUGCAAUUCCCAGCAAUUCAUCUACAAUCAGAUAGUCAUGUCACUACGAGUAUCGUUCUUUUUUUUUAAAAAAAAUAGGGUUAACGUUUUAUUUCUACGAAUUUAUUGUUUAGUGGAAGAUGGGGAAGCAGAAGUAGCUUUGCCUUUAUGGAACAGGGAGACUUCAUCCUUUAUCGCAACUCUGAGCGCAACUUUGAGGUAAUAAUUACAAUACAACAAUAAAGAAAAAAAAAGGAAGAAGUAAAAAACAGAGCCAACUAAACAUUGAAUGAGACAUAGAAAAGGAAGAGUGUGUAGCAGCCAAAGGAGCCAAGCUUUCGAGUCGGCUACUACCACAGAGCAGUUACAACUGGGUGGAGGUUAUACGGUACUAAUAAAAAAAACUAUUUGAAUUAAAUAAUUAAAUAAAUAGAACUAAGUAACAGAUUAGAGUUGUUCAAGAUGCCUGACUGUCAAGUAGAAAGACUUUAUAUUCUUUUUUAAAACUGUUCAAAGGGGAGACACUUAAUUUUCGUAGGUGUAGCUUCCCAGGUCUGUGAUGACACUACACUAAACCUUGCUAGGCGAUAAGUAUGAGAACAAGUAAGCAAUGGGAAUCCGUCCUUGAACAGGCAUUAGGAGCGUAUUCCGUUUUUUGGUAGGGAGGAGGGAGGAAUACUAUGCUAAUUGCUUUUCCCGACUCAAAAGGCGAUCCUUAGUCAACCUGAAACAUAAAGUAGAAGAAAACUGGUAUUAACCCUCAGAAUGCCUUAGAAGUUAGGAACUUCCUGGGACUAGCUAACUAGUACAAUGCACGUUUUAUUCCCGAUUUUGCGACAGUCGCAGAACCUUUGCGGAGAUUGGACGAACAAAGGUGGCCACUUUGAGUUUGGAACAUAGUCGAGCAUUUAAUGAGCUGAAGAGCAGUUUAGCAAGUGCGGGAACACUUGGAUAUUUUGACUAAGAUGCCAGGACACUGAUAAUAGCGGACGCAAGCUCAUUUAGUUUGAUCUUGACAAAGUACUUGUUCAGGAACAGCAAAGAAAAACAAGAGCUUGAGUGACGUGAAGACACGGUAUUCUCAGCAGGGGCUGAUCCAGGAUUUUUCUUAGGAGGGGGUGCACCACCAAGGAAUGGCGUAACUGAAUGGUGACGUGACGUGCCAAACUACCAUUUUUAAGGCGUUUAACAUAUCUUCAUCAGCGUCGUUUUAUGUUUUACGUCAAAACCCUUUAUAACAUAGCUGAAAGAAAUCGCGCUCUCUGAUUGGCUAAUACGCCGGAUCCAUUUGCCAGUGGGUUGCACGCUGACGUCAGUUUGUUUACUUUUUUUGCGGAAACCUUUUUUUUUCUCCUCGAUAUCGCCAGUUUUUAUCUUAAAGCUUAUUCUGUCGCUAAAAUCAUGGAAACAUCUAGCGCCUCUUCUCGACAUGACGACGUUGAACUACCAAAUUUCGACCUUAACUUGUUCGGUGAACCUCCGUCUAAGUCCGCUAAGAGAUUUGCAAAUUUGAGCGAGCGGGAGUUGAACCAUAUUGUUGAACAAAGACAUUCAGAGAAGACCAAAAAAACAACAAACUGGUCUGUUUCAACUUUUCGAGGUAAGCUAUCUAUCGUAACAAUUCCACAAUGUUUUCCAGCAAUUCUGUGACAUACAACUUAAUGGUAAAUGGUAAAGCUAGAAGUGAAAACUAAUUUUCUCCCGUCGAAAGCCAUUUAAAUGUCAGCGAGCAAAACUCGUGCAUUAACUUUUAUCGGCUGCAUGAAUUGAGGCUAAGAAAAGUAACACUUUUUUAUUUAAAUUCUUGUUGCAGAAAAAGGAAAACGACGAUUGUCUUUUUAAGAUUGAAUUUAAUGUUUUUAUCAUAAAAUUGACAGGUUAUAACAGCAAAAAAUUGUUCGCUCAUUAAACUAAACUGUAAAAAUUGCUUCACCGAGUGACUACUCGAUGCACAAACAAUGACAUACGGCUUAUAUUUAUUCCACAUUUUCAGUCUUCGGUUCUUUUAGAUUCGUUUAAAAAAGAAUACUGUUUUUUAAAGUCGCUUACAUGUUGAAUUUCAGCUUGGUGUUCAGAGAAAGUAAUACAAACACCGAUUGAAAACAUGACGACUGGCCAGCUGGACCAGAAUCUGAGACGAUUUUAUGCCGAAGCACGAACACAAAAAGGGGAGCCAUACAGUAAAUCCACCUUGCUUGGAUUCAGACAUGCCAUUGAAAGAUAUCUAAAUGCUCCUCCAUACAACAAAGGGCUCCAGUUAGCAAGUGAUCCCAGAUUUAUGCGGUCAAACCAGAUGUUAGACGCCCAACUAAUCAAUUUGAGAAAAAAUGGAAAGGAAAAUGUGACCCACAAACCUGCAAUUGAAGAAGGGCAUCUCAAACAGCUAAAAACCAGUGGCGUUUUUUCUCUUUCUUCCCCGCUUUCUCUUCUUAGAAAUGUAUGGUUCCAUAUUGUCCUUUUCUUCUGCCGAAGAAACCGUGAAGGGCAAAGAGCUCUCACCACUAACAGCUUCAAGUUUGCAACCGAUGCAGCCGGGCGUAAAUUUGUAACCAUGGCCCAUGAUGAAGCUUCGAAGAACCAUCCAGGUGGUGUCCAUGACUCUUCCAGUAAGGAGAAAGAAGCUAGAAUGUACGAAUCAGCCGAAAGCAACGAUGGCUACAAGGCGCUUAAGCUCUAUCUUGAAAAGAUCAACCCGAAGUGCAGUGCGCUUUUCCAGUAUCCGAAGUCAAAUGUUAGACCUGAAGACAUCGUGUGGUUCGAGCAAAGGCCUUUGGGCGUUAACACCCUCGCCAACAUGAUGAAGAAAAUCAGCGAAGUGGCAGGGCUCUCAACCAUAUACACAAACCACAGCAUACGAGCAACAGCCAUAACCCUGUGGUCCAAUGCUGGAGUCCCUAAUCGACACAUCAUGUCAAUUUCAGGCCAUCGAAAUGAGCAAUCCUUGGCACAUUACAACUCGCGGCCGUCGAUUUCUCAGCUUCAAAAUUGCAGUGAUGUGCUGUCAAGGGCGCUAGCAGUCACUGAAGCUUCAUACGCAAGAUCUUCUUCCUCAGUGCAAUCCACAGUCCGUGUUAGCUGUCCUUCACAACAAGAAGGAAAUUAUGCUCCUUCCAAUAUUGCAAGAGAAGUGGCUCCAUUUUUUAAAGAUUGCAGCAUUCAAAACGUGCAGUUCGUCUUUAAUUCGUCGGAAAACCACUCAUAAUUUAACUAAUUGUUUGAGCCCAUAAGGUCCUUACCGAUAGCUUUCUUUGUUUGCUGAACAGUUUGUAUGAUUGUAUUUUUUGUCCGAGAUCGACAAACACGGCCAAGGUGUAGCUUUGUCAUUUUUUGAAUGAAAAUCUUUGCGCGAUUGCGGGUAUGUUUCUAACUUCAUGUAACUGGCUCUAAAGUCAAGUAUUAAAUAAAUAUUUCUAUCCGAAAUGGAAGCUGUUAAUUCUCUAUGUUAUAAAAGAAAUGGUAAACGUUGCAGCGUGCAACCAUGGAGUUAUGGAUGCACUUGGGAGGUUUGCUAAGCACUCAAGAAGCUAGAGUCGCACUUGGCUAUCGCCUCGUGCGACUCUUACGCUUCUUUCUUGCUUAGCAACCUCCCGCGUGCAAAUAGUCUGUGGUGUAUUUAAGAAAUGGUAAACGUGCAGCGUGCAACCAUGGAGUUAUGGAUGUACUUGGGAGGUUUGCUAAGCACUCAAGAAGCUAGAGUCGCACUUGGCUAUCGCCUCGUGCGACUCUUACGCUCCUUUCUUGCUUAGCAACCUCCCGCGUGCAUCCAUAACUCCAUGGUUGCACGCUGCACGUUUACCAUUUCUUAAAUACACCACAGACUAUUUGCAGAAUAUCAGUUGUAUUUGAAAGCCGCAGGUCAUCUCAGGGGGCCACUGAACCCUCCUCCUAGAUCCGCCCCUGCUCAGACCGAGAAGAAAGCACUGGCAGUCGUUUGAACGUGCGAGAGUUUCCGUGUGUACCUGUAGGACAUUGAAUCCGAACUUUACCUGAUCACUAGCCAUGCAUUGGAGACAAUAUACCCAAACAGAUCAAAGCCGCGCGCACGAAUCGAGCGAUGGAUCCUGAGGCUACAACCUUAGCAGGUUCAACGUAAAGUACUUGCCAGGAUACCAAAACACUGUGAUUCUCUAUCACGCUACGCUUACUUCAAGAAGAAGGAUAUUAAAACGGCCCCUCCACAUCGCCCUUUUACUAAAAACCUGUUCCUGAGCAUUCGUAUGCUCAUGCUAUAAUAUUAUUUUAUCAUAUUUGGUUGAAAAUAGUAUGAAUCGCGUAUCUUGUGAUAGGUGGAUCAGCUAACAAAUGGUAUCUAAUACGCAUGUGCAUCAGUCGACUGGUACUUUAAGUAACCUUCGCUGCAGUCUCUGGAAGUGAAUUAGGGGCUGUUUACAUGACACCGGGGCGACUUUCGUCCCGGAGCGAGUUCACGCUGGUUCCCUCUCAUGGCUCUGUAUUUGUUUACAUGAAACCACCACAAAAUGUCAUGCCGGCUUGAGUCACCCCGGCGUGAGUUCACCCCGGUUCUUGUACCGGGGCGAGAUUUCACUCCUGUACGAAAUCUCGCAACGGUAUCAUGUAAACGCGAAACGACCUCCCGUUUCGGUGUGAAAUCGGUCUGCCGGUAGACUGGAACGGGUAGCGCAUGCGUAAUGUUUGCGAAUUUCAAUUACAAGUUUAUUUUAUCAGCAUGAAGUAUGCCUUCAAAUCACGAGAUCUGAAAUCACCCAGUCAUCAUGUAAAGGCGAUACGAAAUAAAAAAGUCAUCCCGGUAUGAGACUCGCGCCGGUGCGAGUUUUCUCAUGUAAACACCACCUUAGUACUCAUUCGCUAUGCAGUUAGUGUGGUUCUUUCUUACUUGUCUUAUAUACAAGGCAAAUUCAAAUUUUACAGAACUUAUGUAAUUGAUCAUAUCAAGAUUCACGACGCAGGAAAAAAAAUGAGCGUUUGACUAAGAUAUAAAUUAUAAAUAGGGUGCGAUUAAGGCUCACUAGAUAUCCCAAGCCACCUUUUAUUUACAUUACUGUCUAUGAUUCCAUUUAAAACUGCCUUUAAAAUUUUCAUAAAUCUAGUUAAUGUUUUCUCUCUUCUCUUUACUUGAUAGAAACAUAUUUACACCCAGGAAAAUCCACUCAAUCGACUUUUCUUUACUCGCUUUCUUUGAGCUGAUAGUAUUGCUAUAGAGUGCGUCAGCCAGUCAAAUUGUGGGAUAUUAUUUUGUGUGGUUUGAGAAAAAGUAACAAAUAUGUUAACAAAAACUCUGUGCUUGUGAACAAUGAGAUAUUAAAACCAUGACGGCUUAUAACUGCUAGGUACACACUCGACUGUGGUCAUGUGGAGGCUCGGCAACUUGCAACUGUGGAGUGGUUCUCAGAGAUCAUAAUGAUGUCAUAGAGUUUACCUGCUGCAAUCAAGACCUCGUUUACUCCGAUGUAACUCCAUUGAUUGCUAAAUUAAGAAGCAAGAAACGCCUGGCUCCUGGGAUUUUGAUAACACAAACCAUCCCUGGAUCUAACAGCCAAUAUCUGGUAAGUUUAAAUUUUGUGUUUAUCAAGGUGUCGUUAUGUUUAUAUUUUGCUAUUUUUCAAAAUAAAUUUCCGAGAUUGGUCAUAUAGUAAUGGAAAAACGGAGACAAAUAGAAUUUUUAUUCUGAAGUUGUGUGACGAAUAUUAUUUUUAUAUAGUAAGUUUGUUCCCUUACGGAGGGAUCAUAUGACGGAUGGGGAAUAAUCAAGCCUCACAAAUUCACGUAAAUUAAUAUACAUGGAAUAGAAAAUUAAAUUUGAAAAACUUACAAAAAAUAUAACUGCAGUACUGCAAUAACUAGAAAUUUCUUGUUGGACGUUUUUAAAAGUGUAAGUACAUACAUACAUACAUAAAGUAACCUUUAUUUUAACUCGAAUUUUAGUGUAGCUACCCCAUAUAGCUAAUAUCUUCGAGAAAGAAAUUAAGAUCACACGCAAAAUAAGACAAAAAUGAGUGAAAACUAAUCAAACGUAUUGAGACUUUGCACACGUCGCUUAAAAUCAUUAUAAGUACAGUUCCUUAAUUUGUUGGGAAUAUCGUUCCAUUACUGGGUGGAAAAAUAAGAAAAAGAGUGUAGUCCAUAGGUUGUUGUUCUAGGCUUGCUUAGAGUCAACAUAUGGGUACCGCGCAAAUUAUAGGUUGCAUGGCGAACAGUAAACAUAUUCCUCGUAUAAGUUGGACAGUCAUUAAAAAAUAGACCCUUGUAGACUCGUAUUAAGAAAUUUUGAAUGCACUUGUUAUACAAAGAAGUCAUUGAAGCCUUGUUAAUCAAAGUGGCGUAGCGAGAAGUAUAAUCAUUUAAAAUAACUUGCUAAGAGUGCGCUUAUUAUACUGCCUCUAGCUUUUCACUGUUGCGUGUUCCACAAAAAUGCCACACCGUAGAACAAUAAUAAAAGUGUGGCAGAAUGAUAUGCAUCGUACAUCUUAAGCAUUAGGGCCAUUUUUACGAGGAAAAAUAAGACGCAUCUCACAUAAGACGCGUCUUAAAUAAUACGCGAACUGUACCAUUUAUACGAGCAUGUCUUAUCUAAGACAAGAACAGCUCGUAUAAAUGGUUCGCGUCUUGUUUCUGUUCGAGACUCGUUUUCGUGUGAGUGUUCCCCUUAGCAACGGCAACCAACAAGGCGCAAAAAUUUUCCCGCCAAAAAUUAACGCAUGCGUACCAUGCGUUCGCGUCUUAUGUAAGACGCGAAGGUCAUUUAUACGAAGUUUUUCUCGUCUUACCUAAGACGCGUCUAUCUAAGAACAGGUGUUAAGGGCUGUUCUAAAAUAAGACGCGUCUUAGCUAAGUCGCGUCUAAUUUUAGACGAAAUGUGCCGUUUAUGUAGAAAGUUCGCGUCUUAUUUAAGACGCGUCCUAUGUAAGACGCGUCUUAUUUUUCCUCGUAUAAAUGGCCCCAUUGUGUCUUUAGAGAUGAUAUCGUUGAACCGUAACGUAACAUUAAAUUGACUAUUAAUUUUACAAACAGCAGAUAUGUGUCUGUCAAUAUUAAGUCUAUUAUCUAUACUCAUUCCAAAAAUGAUCUAACUCGCAUUUCACUGGAAAAGAGAAUUUGUGGUCAGUUUGACCAAUAAUUAAAGCUUGCUGUUUCUUUGCGAUCAUACCGUUUUGGCUGUACCAUUGGUUUGCCUGUUCCACUUCAUUACAAAUGUACCUAUCUUGAACAAGUGGGUCUACAUUAGAGUGGUAGAUCUGGUGAUCAUCGGCGGAAGCGUUUAAUUUAGUUUGCGCAACAUGGAAAAACAGAUCGUUUAUAAAAUAUUGAACAGUAUGGGUCCCAAAACGCUACCCUGAGGAAUUCCUUGUUUAACACUUUCCCAGCUAGAAUGCGUCCCCAACCUUAACCCUCUGAGAUCUAUCUGAUAGGUAAUCUUUAAGAAGGGGACAGCUUUCCACGUCUACACCAAGGGACUUGAGCUUGACAAGAAGUAACUGGUGUUGGAUGACAAGAGGAUGAUCAAAGUGUAUCCCCUCUUGGGCUGGUUCAAUGCACAGCUUUUCCAACGGUCCGUCCAUACCGGAUAUUUUGACAGUAAUUUGUAGCUUUACAUCACUUCGUGUUGGAACUUCCAUCGUUGUAAUUUCUCUCCUAAACAGCUGUUGUCCCAGCUAGGAUGCUUUGAUGAAUUACCGUUAGCUGCCUUUAAUGUUAAAAUUUAAAAUGUUAAAGUUAAAUGUUAAACGCUAAAUCUGUGAUGGAUUUAUUUUCAGGUGACUUUCCCAUCAGGGGUGAAAGCAAAGAUAACGCGACAUGCCCUUGGAAUUGACGUUUUGCUACAAACCACUCGGGCUAGACACUUUGCAAAUGAAAGUGGGCUCUGUGUGAGUAGUAACCCAAGGAAUGGUAACCAGUUUAGGUGAGAUCUUACAAAAACUAAAGGGUGUUAGGCUAGAGAAAUAUAAUUUCAUUCAGUUCUCCGGCUCUUUCAGCUACUGCUUGGGAUAGUUAGUCCAAACCAAAUGCCGAGAAGUUCAUUAUCAGUUUAUGAACAUUCCACUGAUUUCGAAUUGCUAAAAAAAAAGGUCAUUUCGGAUUGUUACGUUCCAGACGCAACGGCACCGAUCUUUCCUGCCUGUUUAUUCUUUUAAAGAAGUGACAAUUCUGUAGCUUUUAGGGUAGCACAUGCGGAAAGCAUAUUUACGUAUUGGAAGCCUGUCGCAAAUGAACCUAUAAAAUGCUUUGAUUUUUCAGGCGUCGUAAAACAGAGUGGUUAGGACACCAGGACGGAACCAUGUCCUUCGGCUCAAAUACAGCGUGUAACUGGAAAAUUUCGCUUAAAACCGGAAUAGCACUCGUUGUCAUAGCCAGUAAUUUUGGAAAUUUACUAAGGCAUUGAAAUAAACAACCUUUAUCAUUCUUGCCGUAAUUUCCAUUAGUUGUUUUGGUUAUAGAAAAUGUUGCACAAAAGUCGGAUACCGGGGCACCCAACGAUGGUUUCCCCCUAAAUUCAUUGAAACGUCUUUUUAGACUAUCCACAGUACUUCUAGAUCUCUACAACUGCAUUCUAAGCGCCGCUAUAAAAUUUCCGUCUGUUCUGUCAUGCUAGGGGAACCUGAGGCUUUUCGAAAUAUAAAAGGGCUUCAGUCGUAUUUUCCCGAAAAUCUUAGGUCGAAUUACACGUUUUACGAAAGUGGGAUUUUUCUUAUUCCUCUCUCCAUCAAAUUUUCGAAUCCGAAAAUUUUACGUUUUUUUUUAAAGAAAAUUUGCCUGACAUAAGCAUUAAAAUAUGAAAAAUUAAACCAGAAAAUCUUGGGGAAUUUUUAAGAGCUUCGAAAAUUUGACCUGAAUGGAACGCUCACCUUGAAAUUGUUAGCCGUAUUCAAGCAAUAGAAAAUUCUAGGCAAUAUUUGCUUCUCCGAACAGAUAUCUUACAGAAAACAGUCGUCGUGUGCCCCUGAGUCGGAUACUUCCGUUCUUCUUCUUGGUGUGUUUUACAUACGUCCAUUACUACGUUACAUACGCCCAGUCGCGCGCAAUCUAAACUGAGGUCAGUUAUAGGAGAAGGGUUAGAGGAACAAGGCAGAAAACAACGGUUCAGCUUUCGCGCGGUUGUAUAUCUUACUUUACAAACUAGAAUCGACGAUUAUUAAGGUUGAAUUCUGGAGUGGUUAAUUUUUAGAAAAUGGGCUUGUGAACACGGGAAGAAUGUUUUGAGUUUAUAUAAAUAUUUCUAUUUUCUAAAGAAAGUAUUUACGAGUUUCCCGUAGUUUUUGCUUUGAUUGUCGUAGCUAGCAAUGAAAGAGGCCCAAAACUGAUACAUUUCUCAUUCAGCGAUAUCAGAGAUUUCUGAGGAAUCAACGAACGCUUGUUACUUCAAACAAUAGAUCUCUUUAGCUUGUAUGUUUUGUUUUCCCAAUGUAUAGGUCAUGUGAAAAUACCCUGGAGAACAGUUCCUUAAUUUAUGAAAAGACAAAGGGGCAAAUUUCCCUGAGGCCUCUAUUGGGAAAACAAAUCAUACAGCUAAAGGGGUCUAUUUAUUCGCAUGAGCCAGUAUACUAGCGCUUGUUGAAACAUUCUAUGUAGAUAGUGGAUCGGUCAUUUCGUAGAAAGCAACACAGAAAGAAGCAAUUGUUUAGUGAGUGCUGAAGUGGAGAAAAGAACGUCGGGUGAACAUAAUAGAUAACAAUAAUAAUAGUUAAAUAAGUGAAAGGUAUCAAGACGGAUUUUUCUUUGUUUUGACAGGAUAAAAACUGGCCAAAGUUAUUUUGAUACAUUACCACCUCCGGUACUCGAUACCGCUGUGGAUUGCAAAGUACCUUGUGCCUGUUAUAGAAAAGGAGAAGCAGGAAGGACAGAAUGCCAACGAGAGCUUCCUGUACAUUUCCCUAACAUAAUGGACCAGGGAGGAACACCGGUUAUACUUACAGGAGAAAACAAUGUAGAUGGCAGAAGAAAAAGGAGUAUUAAGUAUACAGAUGAUUUAACCGAUGAAGACUUUGAGCUGUUCAAACUUCAUGCUGGGUCAAAACGUUCUAACAGACAUAAACGAGCGUCGCCUCCAAAGGCUAAAUUUUCAAAAGAAAACGCAACUCAAUACUGUACGAAAAGGCUUUCCGAUACAGAAAUUGGAAAACUCUGCGCAAACCUGGGGGCUAAUUUACAAGAGCUGGUUGACUCUUGCGCGGUAGAUCUUGAGGUAAUUCUUGUUUCCUUAUCAAAAAGAAAAUUAAAAUUAACGUCCUAUUAAUGGGACAAAAAUAUCUUCACCUUUUGUACCGGACAACUGAAAAACAUUGAUGGCGAAAUCGAACCUGAGGUUGCACCUCCUUGGUCAAUUAAUUACCUUCCAUCCUCUUGUCGAAGACUCAGGGAUUAAAAGUAAAAAUGUGAUGAGUCUAUCAAUUUAUUGAAGACAUGUGGAUGCGGGGAAUAAGAUCAGUAACGUAUGUAAAACAAACUGUUGAUAUUUUUGCUUUCUACGCUUAACAAUUAAGUUCUGUCCGUUACGGUCAACAGAAAAUUUAAAGAGAAAAAUCAAUGUUUAAAAAAAAGUCACAAGCGGCGUAAGCCAUUAAGAAUCUAACAGGAGAAGGAAAAAAGGCAGAAAUUAGUCCGUAAGCCAUGAGACAAAACAAGUAAAGCUCUCUACACGCCGGAAUUACUUGACUUGACUAUAAUUUCUCUCACAUUCUAGUUGACAGGUGAGACCGCGUUUGCAAUUUCUGUUGCAUCCUUACUCAUGAAUGAAUGCGGCGAAAUAGCUGGCAGAAACCUGUCUUACUAUUUAAACGCAAGUAAUGAAGAGAAACCAGAAGUUCCUUCCUAUCUGACAAACAUCAUUAAAAAGCUGUGCCCGAAUGACUGUACUUUCAAUGGUAGAUGUGUAAAUGGGUCAUGCAUCUGCAACGAAGGGUAUACCGCGAACGAUUGUGCGAUACCGAUUUAUCAGAUACCACAAAUCUCCAUGUAAGUUAGCAAUAGCACAAAAAUUUAUAUUCUUCGCCCCAUAAUUCUAAUCUGGAUUUCACCCUGUGUCGUCCAGAUUCCAGGUACUCAAGAUACCAGAUGCCUAGUGUGUGGAACUUGGGUACCAGAUUUCAACAGUUAGUGGAAAUCCGGAUUCCUAAGGCUAAAAUUCCGGAUUCCAGAUUCUACAAACAAAUUUCAGAAUCCUUACAUGGGACGAUAAUCUAUUAAUAACAGAAAGCAUGAACGUGAUCAAGAGUUAUCGAGUUUCAGCUAGUUUCUAAUAUAUCGACUUUCGUCACAUAAUUAAAAAUUGAUUUAUUUAAAACUAAUCUCUUACGUAGACGUUUCUUUUGGUCUCACGUCGAAAAGGAUGUCUGCGUCGGGGUUGACUCGACACAUUGUGGUUUUAAAAUCACAUGUCUCAAAUCACCCGGCCGAAAAGACAAAAGCUUCAAUAAAAUAUUCACGCGAAAACAGACAAGUCAAGUGAAGGCUACAUCCUUUAUUUCUUGCACGAUUUUUUCCAGAAAAAGGCAAGUUCGGGUCAAGUUCGGGUCACUUUCAGGGUGAGGUGUAGGGGGCAAUAAGUAGACAAUUACUUUAUUAUUUUAUUAUGGUACAAUGUAGGUUCUAUGCUGAUAUAAUUAAUCAUUUUUAUAACACUAGUAUUGCCGUUGACUUUGUCCACAGGUUGCAAGGAAAUGGUUUGUGUGACAGGCGUCAACGCCCUUGUCGCAAGGUGACGGUGAUGGGAACUGGUUUUGUCAAUUCAACAAAUAUGACUUGUCAUAUCACAAAAUUCAAGGUACAUAAUUACAUCAAGAAUUGUCAUAUCCUUUUUCUUACCAUUUUCCCAGCACGACAGAAGUACAUUUCUUUAGGACAGUAUAUAAAAAUCUUCGCUAUAAACAUUACUUAACAGAACUUCUUGGGAUAGCAGGUCGACUAAAACGCAAUCUUUCUGUUUCUGUUAUAUAUAUAUAUAUAGGUUGUUAACAGUUCUUGGACACCGAAUAACACAGAAAUCCGAUUACCUGGUACAAUGACAGACUUGGCUCUUACAGAGUGUCGUUUACCUGAAUUACCAGUGACGCCUGGCCAUUACCAUGAGAAAAUUGGAGGGACACCUGCCGCUGGACUUAUGAUAUCCCUGUCUAAUGAUGGUGAACACAAGAGCGCUAAGAAUGUCACUUUUAUUUCCUAUGAUUCGGCUUGCCUGAGUUGUAAUGUUUCGACGGGAUGUGUGCUAAAGGUAAUUGUUCUUGCGCGCCAUUUUCAGACGUAAACUGAAUAUUUGUGGGGUUGUAGUUUCCAUUCGUGCAGUAGUUUACCAACUAAGAGACCCCCACGCAAAGCCUAAGGAUCCCUGUGCAGUGCCCCAGAAUGUCUGUAGGGUCAUGGCCACGAGAAACUAGCGUCUCGAGAAAACGGGAAAAAUCAAACGCAAGCCAAACAAUAAUGCCUACUAGGACAAAGGAUUACAACUACUGAAAAGAUGGUGUCUCUAGGUGCUCGCACGUUUAGCAAGCAGGCUGAGUGAACCCAUGCAGCCGCAGUUGCAGCUCCAAUUUCAAAACCAUGCCUGUGAAACUUCCCCGUGUUCCCUGCCGAUUUUUGGGUGGUUUGUGAGAAUAGAAAUGGCUGAAUCUUUAAAAAAAAGGGUGCCAUAAGGAAAAGGAAGAUUCGACCGGCGCGCAGCCGUACGGAGCCCAAGAUAAAGGUAAUUUAUGAAGGAGUUUAAUGGGCGAAGAAAGAUGGAAACACGCCGAAGAUGAAACAGCCCUUACGGCAGUUGAUGAGUACUCGGAAAAAUUGGAGACUCCUAGGGGUACUCUACUUUCAAAUGUCUUCCGUUGUAAAAUGCAACGUUGGUAAGAGUAAAAGGACAACUUAUCGUAAAUUCACUGGCUCUCAGAUAUCUAGAGUAGCCAAAGCAAGCAUGCCUUUGAUUUUUCAUGAUCAAAAAAGUUCAGCAUACAAUAACGGGCUACGUUGAUGCAAAUUUGAACCCUAGUGUCGCUCCAUCGUUCGUAACAGGAGCUGAUUUUGAGAACGGUCGAAGUAAAUGAUCGCGUUCCUUUUUGACGGUUGUUUUGAUUUUACAGGGAAAUUCUUGCCUUAUAAAUCGUUACUGCUUCGCGCCAAACGAGACGAAUCCCAACGACUUGUGCUACCAGUGCCUUCCGGACAUCAGCAAAAGCAGGUGGACAAAACGCCAAGGUAAUUAGUAAAUUGAAUUUCACAUUCUCAAUCUUUAUUACAAAUUCUGAAACACUUUACCUGGUCUUUUGUUUUCAUUCCCUUCACUGGAGAUCCCGUGUAUUGGUAGUGUUUUUUAAGAAUUACAUCGAAAUUUUUAAUGACCGCGAUUUAAACAUAUCAUCUUCUAUUUAUGUUAUUAUUACAGUGUUCAUUUUGAUAAUAUAAGUGUGUUGAUUGAAUGUUUUGCUCGCGCAAUAUCUACUUGUGCACCGUGGCAGAAUUUGUUAGGGUUUUCUUUCUAUUUCAGUCGAAAAAUUUUGAUUUGUUUAAUCGCAAUUCUUUUGGUUUUGGACCAUCUUUUAUUCAAUGGAUCCACACUUUUUACAAGAAUGUCUCGAGUUGUGUCUUAAAUAAUGGCUUUACAACUUCAUCCUUUGCAGUUGAAAGAGGAGUAAGACAGGGAGACCCUCUCUCUGCUCACUUAUUUAUUACAGCAUUAGAAGUUUUAUGUGUUAACAUACGUAACAGUAAUGACAUUCGUGGUAUUAAAGUCGAUAAAGAAGAGAUCAAAUUAAGUCUUUUCGCAGAUGACCUGACUGUGUUUUUAAAGGAUGACCUCUCUCUAACAAACUUUCUUAAACUUAUAGAAGAUUUUGGAACUUCCUCUGGCCUAAAGGUUAACCACGAAAAGACAGAGCUUUUGCUACUAGGUAACCUGGCCUGUACCGUACAAGAAGCCGCUCUGAAAAACAUAAAAAUUAAACGAUCAGCGAAAAUCUUAGGAGUACAUUUUACCUAUGACAUUCAAGCAAAACAAAAGCUAAACAUCAAUGAAUUAAUCAGCUCCAUCCAACUUAAGUGGCUGUCCACCUAAGAGCGGUCCGGCGAGUUUGGGAUCGCCAGUAAACCUUCCCUUUAUUUUUUGUGGGUGAAAAGGACUUAAUGAGGAAUGAUUAAAAUCGAGCUAAUUUUUUUCAAAGUCUUUUUCUGGGCUUCGCUACAGCACAAAACCUCCUUCCUGUCUGAGAGCGCUUUUUCAACUUUAUUCAAUGGCCAAAAUUCAGCAAUUUUAAAAGCCGCGCUUCUUCGUGACGGAUAAAUAUCGCGAAAUUCUACAUAGUACAAUGGAUUUAGCUGCUUUUGACUUGUCCUAUGACGGAAUCUUGGAUAAUUUGACGCAAAAUUGAAUUAAAUUAAUAAGAUCAAAGACGAGCCACUGUAUGUUUUUUUUUGUCCCUUGACAAAUUCCUCCAAAGUAAAAGCUAAAAUCUCCAAAGCGGUACAAAAAUCACAGGCAAAAUGCACUUCACAGCAAAGAUCUUACCUUAUUCUGUUAGAAAAUAAAGUCAAAGGUGCGGGUAUCAUUCUGUGUCGAACGCGAACAAGCGUUUUUGAGAGCUCCUUUUGUCAAUAUUUACCUAAAAUUGCACGUUUGGCGCCUACACUUAAACUCAUAUGAUAAGGCUAAUCUUUUUCCCACGGGGCAGAAUCUUGGUAUGCGUCGUCAAAAUAACGUACAUUUGUUGUUUUGUAAGCCAUCUUAGGCCUGUAAACCGGCAUAAAAUGUCAUAAAAUACAUGUAGGAUCAUGUAGGAAUUCUUCAUCUACUCGUAUAUUAUGCAAAUUUAAAAGCUCAUUUACCGCGGGGUUGUCGAUUUCAGCAAUAUUCCAAGUCGUAAAGAAUACAAUUCACGUCUGGUCAAACGAAGCCCGUUUUGAGUUUGGAGUCUCAGCAACUAAGAGGUUCUUUAAUAAAGACUGAAUUCAACUCAAUUGGGUUUUCUUCAUGGUCAUAUGCUAAUUAGGAUUGUUGUCACGCAAUGAAAGCGGAUUUGGAGAGUUUAAAGGAGAAAGCAAGUUGGUGCCUCUUAGUCAAUGUAACAGGUGAGCGUUAUUACAGCUCGAUUCGAGGCGAUGUCGCUUAACGAAAGAAAAUAUUACAGAGAGCGAACUUACUUUGCAGCGGGCUGGGUAUUUUUGUAAAACUGCCCAACAAGGUGAAAAAAUGUUUGUAUGUCCGAUACAUCGUGCGAACCCAGAGAAGGACUGGGGUAAUCCAACUGGCCGCACAGAAUGCCGAUAUCCGGACCAUAAGGGAAAACACACUUGUGCUGAAACGUGGCAGAGUGUCGGGGUCAGACUGUAAAAAUUGCCGCCAACCGAGAAACUUCGAACAAAUCUCCUAGUGGUGUCUACAAAUUCGAGGCUAGUGGAUGGGCGGCUGCAGAAGUUAAGGGGAGGCGGGACAAGGUUUAGCGAGAAAGUCAAGUCUUACCUCACCGCACGAUUUGAUGUUGAUACACAAACAGGCAGGAAACCAGAUCUUUCUGAGGUCGCAACGGACAUGAGAACGUCCAGAAACACAGGUAGUUCAAGAACGUUCCAGAGACGAAUGGCUUACAAAGGGACAAGUUCAAUCAUUCUUUUCCAGACUGUCUGCAAUCAGCAGGAAAAAAAGGGCUGACCAGAGCCGGGAAUGUUGAAAUUUGUGACGAAGGAGAUCUGCUCUCAGUGCUCUUUCAAGAAGAAAUUGCGUUUCUUAUUGAUGAACGUAGAGACAAGGAGGUCUAACAUAUUUUCAACAAGAUGGACGUGAUACAUCCCAUCAGGCACGAUGGCCAUGAUAUCUGCAGCGAGCAGACCAACCAAGAAGUACUCUCAAAAUUCAAUGUGAAAACAUCUGCGAAUAUUUUGAACUGUCGUUCAAAUCUGGAGAUACAAAGGCUGCUCUAAUAAACACAAUCACAGACAUGGUUAAAGAAUACAGUUACUACCGUACCAUCCCGUAAAUGGCCAAGGACUGGCAAAUUGCCCCAUUACAUUGGGGUGGGCCGAAGUUGCCUAGAAAAUUCCUAUUGUUUGUAGGCCGAGUUCGUGGAAGUGUUUUCUCUUAAAUUUCAAGGUAUGUUGUAUGCUUGUAUAAGACGAUAAAUCUCAAAUAACUUAGAACUUGACAUCAACCUUUAAAAGUAUGUGACCUGCUUUUUCGUUCAGUACUUUAUUUACAAUACAAGUAAAAAAGCAGGCCCCAGUUGCUCAAAAGUUGGGUAGGGCUAUCCAUCGGAUGAAUCUCUAUCCAAUUGAUAAGUAUUAGGGAAACCAUUUGCUCCAUCCAGUGGAUAGUGAUUUACACGGUGGAUAGCGCUAUCCACGGCCACCUAUUGAACAACUGGGCUCCAAAAGGAUAAAAGUUGUUCGCAGGACAGUUUUUUUUUCUUUAAUAGAAUUUUUUCUUAUGGAUAUGAAUUAAGAUCAUUAUGUGACACUUCACUUUUUGGCAAUAAAACAUAAAUAACGUAAAAAAGUCACCAAUGCAUAUCAGCGGCACCCAAUGACUGUUUUCUGUGAAAUAUCUGUUCGGAGAAGCAAAAUUGCCCAGAAUUUUCUGUAGCUUGAGGAAGACUAAAAAUUUAUUAGGGGGCUGCAUUGAUUUUAGCUUCUUGAUAAAGCUGUAUAUAUGUAUGUAUAUAAUAGAAGUAGACUGAUGGGACUGGAUUAUAUCUUGAACAUUUAUUGCUACUCAGAGAGUCAUGCCUCUUGCGAGGCGAAUCAUCAGGUAAAACAAAACAAUAAAUGCCAGGCGUGGCGUAGGUGCGUGGUGCGUCGUACUUAAGUGAUGCUUACAACAUGUCAAAUUUGCGACAAGAACUAACCAAGUUAGGACAGUGUUUAGUAGAAAUUUCUUUGAGUGCCUGCAACCUGAGAUUAGUUCAUUUCUAUUGUCCAGGGUAGACAUUACAGGUUUACAAAUUAUAAACAGCGCGACGAGCCACGCGCCACGCGCCACGCGCCACGCCUACUAUUUACUGUUCUGUUUUACCUAUAUCUUUGAUUGUUACCCUAUUAAUAUGGGUGGGGAGAGGAUGAGUACACCGAGAUUAAAAAAGAAUUUUACAGGGCUGGAAGGAUAAUAUAUAUUAUACAUACAACGAAGUGCGGAUUAAAUCUUGAACAUUUUGUUGCUACCCAGAGUUUCAGUUCAGUCACAGUUUGCGAGGCAAUCAUCAGGCAACUGCCAAAAUUAACGGUUAUGGUUCACCCUUUAUUUGUUUAUGGAAAGAAAGGGAUCGAUACACGAGGUAUAUUGCGUGACAAAAAUGCAAAUUAACAUAUGACUGAAGGCGUGUGGGACAACCGUUCAAUAUUACCUGCACUCGGAAAAAUAUUACAACAGACAUACCCUUCACCAAACUUAAAGUGAUUCAUAAUAAUUUCUCAAGAGGUACACGAGAAAAGUCACCCGAGGUGAGAGAAUCCGACAUGUUCAUGAUAAAUGAGGGAUAAACAAGGAUGUGCGAAUUCAAAUUCAAAUCAUGAUGUCAAAUGCUCGAAACGGAAAAAGAAACUCAAAUGGAAUAUGAGAUAAAUUUCUAUUUUAAAAAGGGUGUCCAGUUGCUGAGUUUCCAAGCUGAAGAAGAAGUUAAUAACCGUACGUAGUUUGAGAUUUUAACAUAGCUGAAAUGGACAACCUGUCUGUACACAAGCACGAUUUGCAUAUCCGACGGGUUGAUCAAGAAUGUCAGUUUAUGGUAUUUUUUUCGGCUUUCACUGAUACAAACUUAAAAAGGCUAAUGAAAAGAAAACACAUUUUCGUUAUUUUGAGGAUACACAACAACAUUCUCAGCUACUGAGAUAAUAUCUACCAAAUUAAAGUCCUUGUGUGUGAACCGUUAAGCGGGCAAAUCUAUGCAAAUAAUGCCGAACAGAGGCUCUUAAAAACGUUUGAUCACGUCCAACCCAGAACGAUACCCGCACCUUUGACUUUAUUUUCUAACAGAAUUAGGUAAGAUCUUUGCUGUGAAGUGCAUUUUACCUGUGAGUUUUGUAUCGCUUUGGAGAUUUUAGCUUUUACUUUGGAAGAAUUUUGUCAAGAGGGAAAAAAAACGCAAAGGGGGAUGUGUUUGCUUUUAUUAAUUUAAUUUAAUUUUGCGUCAAAUUAUUCCAUAUUCCGUCAUAGGACAAGCCAACUGCAGCUAAAUCCAUUGUACUAAGUAGAAUUUAGCGAUAUUUAUCAGUUACGAAGAAGCGCGGCUUUUAAAAUCACCGAAUUUCGGCUAUCGAAUAAGGUUGAAAAAGCGCUCUCAGACAGGAAAGAAGUUUUGUGCUGUAGCGAAGCCCAGAAAACGAUUUUGAAAAAAAUUAGUUCGAUUUUAAUCAUUCCUCAUUAAGUACUUUUCACCAACAAAAAACAAAGGGAAGGUUUACUGGCGAUCCCAAACUCGCCGGACCGCUCUUAGGUGGACAGCCACUUAAGCUAUACGAAUCUGGAGGUGGAGGGAUUUGACUAUCAUAGGGAGAAUUCAAAUUGUCAAAACCUUUAUUAUCCCUAUCUUCUUAUAUCGCACGAGCUUGAUAUCAUUGGAUAAAGAAUUUGUGAAAGAAGCGAACAAAAUUAUCUUUGAUUUUAUAUGGAAAGGAAAGGAUAAAGUUAAACGCUCUGCACUUAUCAGUGAUAUCGAAGAUGGAGGACUUAAAGCCCCACAUUUAAACUCCAUAAUUGAAACACAAAGAAUACUUUGCAGCAAGAAAUUGGCAAAUGAUCAACCGAGUGGAUGGAAAAUAAUCCUUUUGCGUUAACUGAAACCUGUUGGUGGUAAAUUAGUCUUAUGUUGCGACUUUGAUUUGAAGAAAUUGACUAUCAAAUUACCAGCCUUUUAUGAAGAAUGCUUAAAAUCUUUUGCAAAGUGCUCUGCGGUAAAUAAUUUAAAUAUACAGGAUUGAUGAAUAUACAUGGAAGACUUGUCAAAAGUUAUCUUAUGGAACAACAAAUUUAUUUGUGUUGGUGACAAGUCUGUGUAUUUUCCAAAUCUGGCUGAGGAAGGGAUCUUUCGAGUGGGUGAUUUAAUCUCGAAUAAACAUGAACUUAUAAUCAAAAGCGAGUUGAGAGUCUUGAACCUUUCGCCGCUGGAUGCCUUUAGGCUUGUCUCUUUAAUAGAAGCUCUACCAACUCAAUGGCGUGAAUCGUUGAAAUCCUGCAUCUAUACAGGUGACACACCAUUCAAUUUGCGUGAUGAGAUUAAGUUACGCUUAAGUGGUCAAAUUAAUUUACUUGAAAAAGCGUAUUCGAAAAUUGUUUAUAAAGAACUUCGAAACAGAAUCGUCACUCCACCAACUGCUAAACUAAAGUUUGAUGCUAAUUUUGUUAAUGAUACUUUGAACUGGAAAAAGAUCUAUAGCUUGCCAUAUCGUGUUACGUUAGAGUGACAAAGACUCGCGAAUUUCAGUAUAAAUUAUUAAACAGAUGCCUUGUGACAAAUACCUUCUUAUGCAAAAUUGGUAUUAUACCAUCUCCAGCGUGCUCCUUGUGUGGUGAAUCGGACGAAUCCCUCGAACAUCUUUUCCUGUCUUGUCAUUAUACUAAGAAUUUCUGGUCUGAGGUUAUAAAAUGGCUUGUUGAUCAUAAGGUCAAGAUUGAAAAAUUUUCAGACAAAGAUAUACUGUUUGGUAUUAUUGGGUGUGAGGAUGAGAUAUUUGUGAAUCAUAUUUUAUUACUGGCAAAACAAUAUCUAUACUCUUGUAGACGGAACAAAUAUCCUCCCUCCAUCAGAGUUCUUCAUUCCAAAAUUAAUACUGUCUUCUUAAUAGAGACAAUGAUCGCUAAGUCAGACAAUAAGUUGGAGACCCACAAUAUGAAAUGGGGCAAAUAUAAAACUGAUUAGCAUACGAUCUCUUCUCCGCUAACUUCAUUUCUUAUUAAUCUUUAUUUUUAUUUAUCUUAUUUUACUUUUUUUCAUGUAAAUAGAAAAAGAAGGUACUGGGUUUUUGUUUCGUUUGUUUUCUUUUUUGUAAGUAUGUAAUUGUGUGUUAGUCUGCGAUGUAUGAUGUUUAGUUUUCCUUUCCGUUUUUUGUAUUUUUUCUUUACGUGUUCCGUGUUCAUAAGUCAGAAUGUAAAAAAAAUGUAAAACAAAACAAAACAAAAAAAAUUCAUUAAAAUACAAAAAACAUACAUACAAAAAACAUACUUGGGAUGAUUUGUGUUGUGGCAAAACGAGGGCUUGAAAAAUGAAAAUAAGAUCAAAAGUCAAUGUUUUAUCCAAUAAAGAAGACUUUUGUAGGUUUCGUCUGAAAUACUUCACCUCACGGUAUUUUUGUGAGAUGUCAAGAUCCAAUAGGAACGAGAAUAUACCUGGCAGCGACUUAACUUCGUUUCUUUCUAUGAAGGGGUGUGGGAGAGGGUAGGGAGAGCACCUUACAUGGGAACCAUUGAUCUAUUUUUGCGUUUUCCCAUUGGGCAUGUCUGGUAGACAAAAGUAAUUGGAUGGAAACAGACAACGAUUAGUUAAUUUAUACGACAGCGUUUAACAACAAUCAUUACCCUUUCUCAAAGCGAAUUUUAAGAUGUCUUCUACCCAGAAAAAUGGAUGCUAUAUAUUUGUUGCUUCUUAGUGAAUCUUCCACCUCGAUUUGCGAUAUCCACCCAGCAUUUUGCGCUGUUUGAAGAACUUCUGGAACUAGUUAUUGAGGUGUUUGACCCAGAAGGGAUGCCUGUCAAUGUAUCAUUAGCCAAUGGAAGCCCAAUAGAAGCAGAGAUGCGGGACAACGUUCUAAUCUGGAACGUAACCAACAAUGCAAAAACGCACUUCUUUCUUCGAGCAACGGAUAUCUGUCAAGCUACUUCCUCCUCUAAUAUCACAGUGUCCUUGGUUGAAUGCCCGUGUAGAAAUGGAAGUUGCGUUCCACAUCCAAAUAAGCCCAGGGGGUCUGGCCUUUAUGCAUGUGAUUGUGUUCCUGGCUUCACUGGAGACAAGUGUGAGACAAACAUCGACGAUUGUCGCUCCUACCCCUGCAUACGAGGUAAUGGCGUUUAUUUCAUUUUGUAGCUCAUUCAGAUGAUCCACAUUAAACAGCCUUACAAACAGAUGACGAAAUAAAAUCCCGUCCAGGUGGGUCUUGUUCAGCCGAUUUUCAUUAAUAGUGGGAGACAUGAAGUUUACUUGAUCAAACUCUCUCUGGAUCUCGUUGGUCACUGGUUAGCGCUAUCUUGCGCUUUCUGAUAAUCCUUCGUUAACUUUACAGUUGGUAGGUAGGUAGCUAAUUUAGUUAGGCAGGUAUAGGUGGUAAUACUUUAUUUUAAAAUCAGGUCAAUUUAGAAGAACGCUAGCCCCAACAAACUUUGUUGGUUUGGUGUCUAUGAAGGACGUGUUUACACUUAAUUCAGUCGAUCACAUCAAUAGUCUUGGAAAAUAAUCCUUACUCAUACCUGUGCAUCACUAGCCACCCCCCCCCCCGGCCCCCACAACCCCCCACCACACCCCUUUGUUAUAAAGGCUGGUUGUCAUUCACGAAACUCUUUGGCACUCGUGCAGAGAGAGAGAGAGAAUUGUUUUUACCCCUACCCUAUGUACGGGUGGUCGGCGGUUGGUCGAAGACUAACGUCAUAACCAAAUUUUCUCGGAUACAUUGAAAGAGUUUGUUUGUUUCAGGUCGCUGUAUUGACGGCAUCAACAACUUCACGUGCAUUUGUGACGCCGGCUAUGGGGGAAAGACAUGCGACAUUGAUUACGAUGACUGCGGUUCUUCUCCUUGUGUUCAUGGUACUAACACAUUCGCAUUGUUACACUUAAUUACAAAACUACUUUUAAUAACCUCAAAAAGUAAGCAGCGAUUUAGGUCGUCGGGGCAGCUGUCCCUUUCGUAAACGGUCACUGUCAAUUUUACAACACUUGAAAAAAUUUGAUCUGUUAUUGAGAGUGUUUCUACUAAAAAGAAAGAAAAUCGUAACCCAGGGUCAAACCCGGACCUCUCGUAUCCUAACCACUAUCUCAGUACAGUUAACACUCUCUCUCAAUUACAACGAGAAAUUGGCAAAAAUCCAAACUAUCCUGGGAUGCUGGAAAUUUAGAAGACUUAGCUUAAUAGGGAAAAUAACAGUACUAAAAAGCCUUGUAGCAUCCCAAUUGGUCUAUAUACUCACACCUUUGCAAACGAAUCACCAAGCAAUAAAAGAGAUCAACAAGCUUUUUUUCAAUUUCUUAUGGAACGGCAAAAAGGAUAAAAUUAAACGCUCGAUCAUGAUCAAUGACUACCCUGAAGGAGGACUAAAAAUGAUUGAUAUUGCCUCUUUUAACAAAUCUCUCAAGGCUACGUGGAUUAAAAAGUAUCUAGAUUCAGGAAACCGUGGCAAAUGGAAAAACUUCUUUAAUCUGGCGCUGGGAAAAUACGGGGGAAGUCUUUUUUUCGAAUUAGGAAAUCUUAACAGAAAGGAUAUUGAUAAGCUAAAGAUAGAAGACCCUUUUAUCAAAGAAAUUGUAGAAAUUUGGUCUGACACUUUCUUCGAGAGGAAAAUAGUAUCAAAAGAUCAUUUUCUAUCUCUACCUCUGUUACAAAAUUCAUUAAUAAGAAUAAAUAACGCACCAGUUUUCUGCAAUAAUUGGCUUAACAAGGGUAUAACAAAAGUUAAACAUCUAAUGGACGAGAAUUCUCUCAACUUUUUUUCCCUCGACCAUUUUCAGAACAGAUAUAACAUUCGAGUAAAACCAUUAAUGUUUUUCGGGAUCGUCUCAGCCGUGAAAUCUUUACAACGACAAAUCCCGAGAACACAUCAGCAGUAUGAAAGUCCUCUUAACACAUUUCUCAAAGGCCAAAGAUCAUCUAGAAUUGCUUACAAGCAACUAAUAGCAAAUAAAAGUGAAAAACCCACAUCUUGUAUAGACAAAUGGCAUAAAGACAUCCACUCUUCAACCGAUAAAAAUGCUGACUGGAGAAACGUUUUUCAAGCAGCAAACACUUGUACAACGAGCUCAAAACUAAUUGAUUUUAAUUUCAGAUUUUUACACAGACGUUUACCAACUAACAGCUAUCUGCAAAAAAUAGGAGUUAAAGAGGACGGAAAAUGUACUUUUUGCCAUGACGAAAAAGAGGAUUUGGUGCAUCUAUUUUGGAAAUGCCAAAAAACCAAAAAUUUUUGGGAUAAUUUCUCGAUAUGGCUUCAGUCGUGCCAGAUCCUCCAACCAGGCAGUUACUUAGACAUGACUACCGCUUUGGGCCUAACGCCAGACAGCUCUUCCUUUAAGCUCCAUAUAAACUUCUGUUGUCUUAUAGCUAAGAACUUUAUCUGGAUAUGCAGAUCAAAAGAAUGUUUCCCAAUUCACAACAAUUUCUUGUUUUAUCUGAGACAUAUAUACCAAUUAGAAAAUAAGACACCGCGCAAUACAAAAAAAUGGAAACCUUUCUUUUCCUCGCUGGGUCUUGUCUCCUAACUCCAAAAACAUAAAUUAGUGCACCUACUAUGAGUAUUUAUAUUACUUUCACCACAAAGAAAGAAAAAAAAAAUGUAAAAAUUAAUUAUAGAUUAUAUUAAGUACAGUAAUAUAUGGAAUUACCAUUGCUGUAACGUAUUUUAAUAUUUGUAAGUAUAUUGCCAUGUAAGUGUGUAAAUUCGCUAUUUGUUUUUUUUUUUGUUACUUUAUUUGUUACUUUUUUUUAUUAUUAUUACUUUAUUUAUUCUGUGUAAUUUUUAUUUCUUUUCUGUGUGUGUAUUACUUGCAAUAAAAAAAAAAUAAAUUUAAAAAAAAAAAAAAAAAAAAAAAACUAUCUCAGUACCACUAUACUACCACACCGACCCUCCAAAAUUCUGAAAAAUUUAAGUACGUGAACUAGCAAACUGCUACAUCAAUAACAGCUCUUUCCAUAACUUUUAAAGUAAAUUUAACUUGGGCAUCAAUAUCGUUAUUUCUAAAACAAUUCAAACGCACAUUAUUUGCCUUAUUUAACAGUUCAUGAAUGAGGCUGAGUAUCUUAUGAAGAAUUAUGGAGAUCGAGGAGGGUGUUAUCCGUCUAGGCCCUAGGCCGAGGCGAAUAACACCCUCCGAGAUCUCCAUAAUUCUUCAUAUGAUACGAAAGCCGAAUUCAAUAACUGUUUUAUUAUUCAUUCAAAAUAAUUCCUAGUUUAAAAACAUAGCUAAAACAUGCUUACCUCCAUCGAUCCAUCGAUGUUCAGUUCAUCUUCGAUAGUGUAAGUUUAGGGUUGUCCAGCCCCGCAAAUAUUCUCCAAAUAGCAGAUGUCGCCCUUCGAGUUGUCUUAGCUUCUUGCUGUUCUUUCCAUGUUUUUAGCUAUUUUUUCGCCUAGUUCUUACAGUUCUUACUCUUGAAACGAGUGAAAUGUCCGCCAUUUACAAAACAACUCAACCUCUUCCCCAAGUCUUCUCGGUUAACGGUGCCUUAACCUCCGAAAACGCUGCAUUUUUGACGUCAUUUCCUCGUUAAAGUCAAAAUUCUUCCAAAUUUGGUCAUCAGUGACUGGUUAUGGUGAAUUAAACGUGUGCUUUUAGCCAAUCAGAAUCGGGGAAAUAUUUUGAAUGAAUAAUAAUGUAAUUUAACCCAGGAAAUAUAUUUCAUCUACGGUCGCUAAAGGCUUGGUUACUAAUGGUGGCAUCGACCAUUAAAAAUGGCAAGAACCGUUUACGAAAGGGAAAUAGGCGUAGUUGCUUAUAAGAGUCGGUAUUAUUAUAACUAGAUUGUUAUUAUUAUAUUAUUAUCAAUAUUAUUACUGUUAUUAUUAGUAAUACCAUCCCUGUGGAAGUCUGGAAGAAUUCUAUCUUUCUUUUACAUUAGUUGGGGAAUUUUUUAACCUGGCAUUUUGGCUCGUAUGAGUUUUUUUCCCUGCUUCCUCCAUCAUUUGUGAAUUACUUCGAAUCAGUAUAUUAAUUUUUAUGAUUUAGUUUCUUUUACCUUUAGGGAAUUGUAGCGAUUUCACGGGCGCCUACAGGUGUUCUUGUGAGCCUGGCUACGGUGGACAGAAUUGCAAUAUUGACAUAAAUGAAUGCCAAUCAUCCCCUUGCAUGCAUGGUGAGUAGUUCAUUCAAAGAAAGUGUAAAGGAUAAAAAGUUUAAUUUACAAACAUUUUAUACGCACGGUUAGGGUGAUAUUCUUGUUGUCCUUGAAUCUAUCGGAAAUCUAUUCGUAAAUUUUCCUAACUGAUUCUUAAAAUUUUUUCUUAAAAUAAUCGUGAUAAAUUGAAGAAAGCCACAUGUGCUAAAGAGUCAACUGUAAUGUGCAUACCCUUUACAAUAAAAUUUGCCCACAUUUUGUUUCUUAAGACCGUUUAAUGGGAUAGAGAGGAAAUCUUAGCACGUUGGCCGGGGUAAUUGUGAAUUUCACAUAUUAUGUUAUUUUUAGAGGUAGUAAAUAAACGAAAAUUUAAUUCCUGAAACGUCCGCACAUCAUUAUCAACUCUCUACGUGCGACCCACGGCCUCAAAGCAAACAAUUCAGAAUAUGUUGAAAUCUCUCUUUACAACACUGAAGAAAAGUUUGCGCCUACCGUAAUUCGCAUUUGGCUGGUAAUUCGUAUAGUGUGUGUGGUUGUGCUUGGGUCAUAGGUCAUAUUUUUUUGCCCGUUUCCAGCGUAACAUUUUCACUCAUUUACUUCGCAUUGUCAGCGUUCGUGAUUUCAUUUACCCAAAAAUUUUAUUUCGCUAAUUUGAAGAAAAAAGAAAGCUCUUUCAGGCUAAACAAGCCUUGGUGGUGAAAACCCAUGUACCAAUCCGCUUUUUUAGCUCGUGCAAAAGUGCUAAAUUUUGACCGUUGAUUAAGCGAUUUUGAGUCAACAACUUCGAAAAUUUCUUAAAAUAUCUCUUGUUGACCAAAUCGCAAACUAAUCAGUUAAAAUUGUAGAGGAGAGCUUGUAAAACUACGAAGUGUCAUUAUAUUUUAUUAGCCAACUUUAUUUUAAAAUGUACGAGCCACUGAAUAUGACUCUAACUUCGUAUGAUUUUUGCCCAUUUUAGGCCUUGGGAAGAAAAAAAUUUGUAAAGGAAAUAUGACUCAUUCGAUCGUACUUAAACUAAACAUUUUGUUACUAGGGCCCAUAGGGUUUUAUUCUGGCUGAGUUGAGGCCAGCUCAUCUUUUGACUAUUUCCGCGUCUAUUGCUAAUUACGCGGAGCCGCUCUUAAUCAUCUAAAAAUUGCAAAUUUCAAAAAAUGAUGAGUUUUUACCCUGGAUGAUCCCUUAAACAAAUUGUUAAAGUACAAAAAAUUUCAACUCACUGAACGUUGAUUAGAAGGGUUAGAUAAAUAGUCUUGACAUGCUGGGUUAUACUAACUUUUUUUGUACACGCUUCUUGUCGGGUAUAUUUCGAAAGCAUUAUCCAGUGUAAGCAAGAAACUCCGUGGAGCUUCCAACUGAUUGUUUAACACUGUUGGAGUCAGAUCAGAAGAUAAAUUAAGGAAGAAAGAUGAGAAACGAUGCCCUUAUAAGGGAUUCACUAUAAAACGAAAAAGCAUAUUAUUAUUGCAAAGCUCGCGUUUGAUGUUUGUUGUUGAUACAUAUACUUAAUAUACGUACAUGGUAUUAAAAGUUAAAGAAAUAGUGCAUUAUACCUCUAUACGCCUAUAAGUUAUUUUGAAAGCUGAUUGAAUCUGUUAUAUCAUAUCGCAGAUUCAAUACGCUCUUUCUUUCGUCAUAAUGGGUAAUCACAGCAAUUGUCUUCCCUACGGCAUGUUCUUUCCGCGUACAAAUUGGUGAAGCACGAACGAGCCUGAGCAUUAAACUACUAAACGUUAUCUAAACACUGGAGAGUGAACAGACGGUGGUCAUGUUUCUUUUGUUUCAGGACGCUGUAUCGAUGGCAUCAACAACUUCACGUGCAUUUGUAACCCUGGCUAUGUUGGAAGGACCUGCGAUGAUUACGAUGACUGCAGCCCCUUUCCUUGUGUUCAUGGUACUUUCCUACAAAUUUGCAUCAACUUUUUGUUUCUCUAAUUUAUAUUACCUUCAGAAAGUAAGCAGUGGUGUCUGAAACGCUUCCCCACUCCCUGACGGUUUAACCUAGCGAGUGAGUGUGUUAGUACGACUGAGUGACUGAAUGGAUGAGAGAUUGUUUGAUUGGAGGUCAUUGUAUCUGUGACGCUGGCUAUGUUGGAAGUACAUGCGACAUUGAUUACGAUGAUUGCAGUCCUUGUCCUUGUGAUCACGGAAGUGUUGGAUCCAAACCUUCAGAUUAGGGAAGGGGGAGCGGAAGGUCCUCCACUGGAUCCGCCACGGCGCGGUACUCAAUUACAAACUCACAUUAAGUUUUGUUGCACUCAGCAAUGUACGUAUAACCUUCGGAAAGUAUUUAGCAGUGAUUUCUAAGAUUCUUCUUCGCCCCUUCGGUUUUUACCUGGCUAGUAAGCGAGUGACAUGAGUUGCCAUUGUUUUCUUUGUUUUCAGGCCGCUGUAUAGAUAGCGUCAACAACUUUUCUUGCAUCUGUGACGCUGGCUAUGUUGGAAGGACUUGCGAUAUUGACUGCAGCUCUUCCCAUUGUGUUCAUGGUAUUCAGUAACAAACUCACAUUAAUUUUUUGUUACACCCGGACUGAUUUUUUUGUCUUGCUAUGUUUCCACUAACAGUGUUGAUUCCUCAUUCGAUAUAUACCCUUCAUACAAACCACCUUCUUUUGUCUCGCUCCAACGAAAUGCGGGCGCUCUAAUCGUCUAUUUUUUAAUCUUUUUCACGGUAUAUAAAAUGAAUUGGCCAGAAUUUAGGCCUUGUAGCUGGAAAACAUAGCAAUGCACCCAACUCAAUUAAGAUCUUAUCUACAUUUGUAGCCUUCGCAAAAUUAAAGUAAAACAAGUGCAUACAUGUAGGAAAAUCGGGAACAACGUUAAAACACCAGCAACUAUAGUCCUAGAGAUGAUGAAAGCAAGUUGGCCAGUGAACUUCAACCAAGGUUGGCGGCCAACCUUGCUUUAUGGACUAUUUUCAUUAAAGAUCGAAAAAGCGUCACCUGCCAAUUUUCUAAUUAAGUGAGCGAUGGAUAUAAGUGGUAACUGAGUAGUGGCAAAUAAUAGUGAGAGAAAAACGUCAUUUUUUUCACUCUGAUUCCUACUUCUUGUUUCUUAACCGAUUUCUGUUUCAUUUUCUCACAGUGGUACCGGACGUUUCCACAGUGCCUUCGAAACCUACAACUGAACUUGUCCAGGAGGGAAUUGCUACUGGUAACUUCUUCAGACCAUCAAAUACAGCAUUAAAGCAUGUUUUAUAAACAUGGUCGUUUUGUCAAAGAUAAUUAUGUCUUGAGUUUUUAUAUCACGACCUUUCGGACGGCUUGAAAGUACUCGCCGCCACGUCUGCGUUCGCCAAAAGCAACGAACACUAAAUGCCGGAGACAGUUUUCCAAGUCUUUUCAAUUUUUUCCACGCGCAUUUUUUACCUAAUUAUAAGGUAAGGUUAACGAUGUUUCUUGUAUGAAUGGUAUUAACAAUUUAUUUAAUGCAGAUUUUGAAUUGGUGCUUCGGGUAUAUAAAGAAUGGGACGACCGAUUUCGAGUGGAGACCAGUGAUCAAUUUAAGAGCCUUGCUGGAGUUCUGAAAAAUGAGGUAUGUUUUGAGAACUAAUGCAGAAUUUUUUCUCGCUUAAUUAGUUUAACUUGUAUGUUUCUGAGUGAUGCACUGUGUAAAAACUAACGCGGCAGUUUCACUGUGCAUUCAGUUUUUGAAAAUUCAAAGGAAAUGUUCUUCAGGACCGAGUUGUUCAAAGCUGGGUUUAGAUAACCUAGGGUUAGUGCGAGAUUUGAAUUCAGAUUUAAAAGCUUAAAAAGAAUUUCAGGUUUAAUUGUUUUUGUCUACUAGUUGACGAUUGGAAGCUCUAAAAAUAACAGAGAAAAUUAUCUGCGAAAAAGCUUUUGAACACUGGAAAAAGAAACCCGGGUUAAAGUAGAAUAAGUUGUAGUAUUAAGCUAAGUUGAAUGCCUUAUAAUUUUAAGGAACAAUCAAAUUGAUAAGAAGGAGAAGGGAAUACAAGAGAAUAUUCUUAAUGGUGAUGGAAGAAAAAAAAGGAAAGUGAUGGGGGAGGUAAAACAGAGGAAAUGUGGUGGAAUUGGCUGUAGAGGAGAAAGGAGGGAAAACAAAAGAAUGUUGUAUGCAUGGUGGUGGCAGUAGUAAUGGACACUAAAUCCAAUUCAAUAAAUUUUUGGAUGUUGUAAUCAAGAAACGACAAUAGAAAUGUGGUGGUGGUCAUGGUGGAGCUAGGAGGGACGUCAAUAGAACCGUGAUGGUUUUUAGGUUAAGGGUGACAGUAGAAACCGUACGGCUGUGAUCGUACGGGAAAAAAUAGAAAGAUCUUUAUUCCUUGCCAUAAGAUGUAUAUUAUAAUUAAAUGAAAUGCUAAUGCUAAAUUACGAUUACAGAAAUUCGCCGACAACCAAAUUCUGUGCUGACUUAUUCCCUACUCACAGAUGUCCUUCCGCUAUAAAGUUUAAAAUAAGACUCGAAUGCGCGAGCGUGAAUUGAUCAAACGUCCUUUUAAUUUCUAAGGCUUAAUUUCCGGUAAAUAAAAAAAGUGAAACAGAAAUUGCCAAAAAUUAAACUUCUAAUUAAAUCUUUUGUCAUGGUUUAGAAUAAACUAUUCUCGAAACUGAGAAUGUUUUGAUCAAAGCUGUGUACUGAUCGAACUGAAAAUGAGCAAGGAACCUUGCGUUUCCUGUAUUUAUCUCACCUAUUGUAUAGACUAUGUGCGAAAAUCUUCAUUAUGAAUCGGAAUAUUAAUUUUCAAAGAGCUACACAAUGAGCAAGAAUACUAUUGACCGACAAUAUACAGAGCUGGCGCAGCUGUAGUGUCAACUAUUACUAGAAGGAUGAUGUAUAAAUGUUAGGAUGGAGGCGUAAUGCUUAGGUUUUUACAAGAAAAAAUUUUUUUUGAAAGCGAAGUAGCGGGGGGGGAACGCGACCUAUACUAGCCAUGCUUCGUGCGGGGGCUGCAUUUGUUUACAACACAAAUAUUCCAUAUAUACAGGUAACAUUUCCAGUCUCUUAAUGUACUCACAAAAGCGCCUUAUUUCCUCAAGUGAGUCGGGAAAGCGUUAUCAUGAAAUAGAAAAAAAUGAAAACAGAUAGUUUUUAGUUUUUGAAAUUUUGUUUCUUCGAUUGCAGAUGUUGAAAAUCUAUUCAAGAGUUCCUAAGUUCAAGAACGUCACAAUAAUUUCAAUGAGGUAACGGACUGAUCUUUUGCUGCUUUAGUAUAUAGAUUUGGACUGUCUUUUUAUGAAUCAGUAUUGUUAACCAUUUGUAAAAUAUUUCAUAUGAAUCAGUAGAUAAGGAUGAGAUUAAUUAAAGUACCUGGAACCCUCGAAAGAAGUUUCUUUUCAUUUUCAUGUAUUUUUCAGACCAGACGAGCUCCUUGUGGUAGAAUUCAAAUUGACAUUUAAAACCAAAGUGACCGUUAAGGAUGCUCUGGCUCCUUUGAAAAAGAAAGUGUCCAGUGGGCAGCUGGGGAGCUUGAAAGUGGACCCUAACUCCCUAAAGCUUAAGAUCAAUAGUCAAGGUACGUAAAAGUGCUUUUACAUGUAGACCAUUCCAUGACUCUUUUAAACUUUUGACAUGGACAAGUUAUGGCUAAACUUCAUCGACAACGCUAGAAAGAACGACUUGAAAUCAACGACGAUGUCGAGUUUGAUAGUGAAUUGUUGAAAACUAAUUACAAAAAAAGGUAGCUCCGCAAAGCCGCUUUACAGACAUUACCUUGCCCCCACUAUACAAACGUCUGUAAAAUUUUGUAAAUUUGCUAUAUCUUCUGUCGCUUUUUCUGCUUUUUCUGCUGCUUUUUCAAACUUGGCAAGUUACUGAUUUUUAGCGGAGCACCAUGGGUAAUAAAAUUUGGUAAACUAUAGCCUGAUUUUCAUCCGACUACUUCGAGUCGUUAUUACUCCCUCAGUAACGACGUUGUUGAGAAGAGAAAACGACUCGAAGCAAUCGGAUGAAUUUCAGGCUAGGUAAACUAUCCAUCCGAGAAAAUUUGGUUAUGGCGUCAACGUACGUCUGUACGUCCGUACGGACUUUCCGGACUGAUUUCGACAGGAAAAAAAGCAUGCAAAUAAAUCUGGAAGAAAAACCAUUUGACUUUUGGUCAUGUCAACCAUUUAGCGAGUGAGGAAAGAAACGGAUUUGACACCUUUGUAAAUGUCAUCUAUCAACAAAAUGGCUGGCGCGCGAUCAUGAUGUGGUGGUUUCCAAGACAAAAGUUUUGCAUUUCAAGAUUGAAAAUACGCCGAUAAAAGACACAAAUGGAAAGAGAAAGUUCAAAAGAAUGCUCACUUUCCUUUUUGUGGACAAACGAAAGCUUUUCGCUUUGAAAUUGUCUUUCGAGGAAUUCAACCUUGUUUUCUAACCGGCGGAUCGGAGCGCUUGGCUUGUUUUUUACCAACCAAGGCAGCGAGGUUUCUGAAGACACUUGAGGUACAUUCCGUACUCUAUGAUCAAAGAAGAGUGUUCGUUUUCAAAAAGAAUUUUUGAAUUUAUAAAGGUUUCAUGGACGUUUUCUACAUUUUGACAUCGGCAUGAAAGAAAAACCACAAAAUGUGCAUUUGAAAUUUUUUUUUUUGCCAUGUGCUCGACCGAUUUAACUUGCGUGAACGCAACGAUUUAACUUGUCUUACGCGAAUUGCUUUUUAUGAUUAACGUAUGGGUUUUUUAAUAAAAAUUUUCAAGAAAUUAAGUUAUUUAUCUGUCAUUGUUCAUUCAUAAAAUAAGCUCAAAAAACGACCAUGAGACUACAGAUCGUCAGAUUUUUAGAAACAUUCAGACGGGCCCUUUCUUGAAUUAAAAAUGAAGUGUUGUUUUUGUACACGUUCCGCAUUGAAUUGCUAUUCGUUUUCUCAUUCAUCACUUGUCAUUCAAGAAUUUUGCAGUGUGUAGAAUUCAAGGGUUUCUGCAGUUUUGCAGCAUGCAGUGUGCUUCUCUUUUUCCAUAACUUGUGCCUUGAAUACAGCUGAAUACCGCCACAAUUUUGCGUUUGCGUUUGUUUUCAGUUGUUUGUUUACGGCUUCAUAUUCUCAAUGAAAAAGUGAGCGUAUCUAAAAAAUGAAAGAGUUCUCCCCUAUUCUAAAACGGACAGACUUGACGGCUUCUCGAGCCCGAGUUUGUCUUUUUUUUAAUUGUAAGUAAGUUGCUGUAUUAACGUUUAUAUUUGUAGUGAAAGACUGGAUUAUUGUUAUUAGUGGCGAAAAAGGUUAUCGUUUGCCUUCCUAUGGCUGUCCUCUAAGAAAAUAUUAUACACCUUUCGCUAAAAUUUUCUUUUAGAUAUUGUGCGAUAUAAAUGUAAAGGCUACACGAAACUGUUCGUCCGGGCCCGUUUAAAAAAAAAAAGAAGAGAAAAGAAAAUUUAAUGGGCUUACUGGAACACAAAAGUCCUUAAGUCGGCCUGAUUUUUCUUUUAGGUCUUCCCUUAAACACAGAAACGCCGACCUAGAAAUCGUAACCUGUAAAUUGCUGCUACUUAAGAGACCUACAAUUUAACAUUUUUUUCAAUUUAGGUUUGUUGAUGGGAUAUUUUUUCUUAAUCAUUUAGCUCCUCCCUCUAAAGGUGUCUGAUGCCGAAGGCUCUUAGGGAUGUGAACAUUUCUUUGUUUUGGCUUAGAGUUCAUGUUAUUACUUUAAUUUGAUUGUUUUACCAUAAGUGUAGAAACGGAGGCUUCGCUUUUAGCCCUGGCUAAAUCUAUAUAUUAAGAUGUACUUACCAGCAAUGAAUAUUUGAUAACUGGUCGCAUAUCAAAACUUUAAAAAUUGUAGAAUUCCAUUUAGGGUCUAUUAAGAACUAUUAGGUUAUAAUUUUUUUAGCUUUAUGUCAAGUAGAAAAUAUUUCAUGAGAUUUGUCUCGGAAUAUUGCAAUAAUGUCUUUAAGUUCAUCAUUAGUUACAUGAUGUUCAUUAUCCACUACACGUAAUGGGUAAAAGCUGUCCUUGAUAGACGAUGGCAAAAUCAACUUGUCCUCCACGACUGUUUCUGCCGUUGCCACAUUUUCUUGGAAAAUAUUAUUUUUUCCUUUCCGCUCUGCUCAUUUCAGGCCUUCAUUUUGUUUUUGUUUCUUAAUCUAUGCAAGGCUCUCCUACUUUAGCUUACAUGACGAUGUAUCUUCUUUCUAUGUGUUCCCUUGAUGUUAUUUUAGUAAUACUGAUAUCCUUUUCACUUCGUUACCAAUUUUUUUGUAGUGGGCAUUGGGCAGUGAUUGUGGAACAGUCUUGAUUAAAAGCCAUAAACGUUGCCUUCUUUGCAUUAAGCUGCAGUCACAUCUCCCCUUGAGAUGAAUUUUCUAGGUUGUUGUGCUUAUUACUUGAGCAACAGAAGCCAAAAAAUAUAAAAGAGGAGAAACACGGAACCAAUAACACAUGUCACUCUUGAAAGAGGGCUUUGCAGAUCUCUUUGGAAACAAAACAAACGUUCAUCUAAAAUAUUUCUAUUUUUUAGUACGUAAUAUUUACGAGCAUGUAUAAUAAUAGCUUAGUCUUGGAAUCCCCUAUAGCUAAUUUUCCGUUGGUGUAAUGAAAUCUGACAUGAAAUUUGAAUCUCAUUUCAAAGUUAUUUCAAGUUCGAAUAAAUAGAGAAACAAUGACAAUAUCGCCAAGAAAGACCGACUUUUGACAAUGGAUGGUACAGUCUCGACUCAGAGACAUUCUCUGUUUAUGUUGUCCAUUGUAUUUCAACAGAAAAAGAAUCAAGCGAGCCGCAACACGCCACCAAACUCCCAAUCGUCAUUGGAGUUUCAUGUGCUGCCUUUGUAUUGAUCGCUAUCCCCACCUUGUGCGCUGUUUUCAAAUGGAAUCGUUCUGUCAAGAAUGCUUUGCUACCUCGUAGCAACAGUCGCGUUGGAAGUGGAAGUGCAAUGCCUCAGGAAAUGGUUUUUCGAAAGGUCGAUUAUAAAUCGCAGCAGACCAGAGUAAAGAAGCAGAAAUUUUCCUUGCACGAGAAGAUACAAUUGAGUGAAGUGAAUAAUGGAAUAGAUUUUUAGAUAAUUUACCACACCCGCUUGGAAUGUUCAUAACAUUUUGGCUGCAGUAAAUGCAUUUUAACGUCGUUAAGACAGAGAAAAAAAAGAUUAACAUCGUAAUUAAUGUAUGGUAUAGCUACCUAGAUAUCGAUUAAUAGAACAUACGGUUCGCAUCUGUCAGUGCCUUACUUUUCUAUCUGCCCUCUGAGUGGUAAAUAGAUUUUCGAGGAAACGACUUGAGAAAAUACUUUUUCUUAGCUAUGAGAUAUCAGCUAAUGACUGAAUUCUGGAGGUUCAGUUAAUUUGUUUUCCUCGAAACGGCUGUAUUCGCUGGCGGCAAAUCCAACAUGGCGUCCUCAGUAACCGGCUGAAAUUGCCGUCUCGCAGGAAUGUUUUUGAAAGUUCAGGUGUGGCUUUACUUCAGACGUGAACUGUAUCAUAUAAAGUAAGUAGUGUUCCUAAGCAAUUUUUAGCUUACUGUUUUAAACAAGACAUACGAUUUUGAACUAGAUCAGAUCAUGUGAAUCAAAUCAAUGCUGAAGAUGUAAUAUGUUAUUAUUAGACCUCACCCCUUGUGGGGUACUCCCAUAUAUGGGCUAUUAUGCCUUGUGUAUGCUGCGCAACAGGUAAGCGUUUUGACUCUCUGUCUCUGGGACAGGA